GAGGGUGCCCCUGCGGUGAGAAAGAAGUGCGCUCUGGGAGAUGUAGUCUCCGAAGUUUGAAGCACUUUGGGAGUUCAGACUCAGAGAAAAGGAGACCGUUGGACACCUCAAUUUCCUAGAAUUUUCUUCUUUGGCCAAUAAUAAUGAUAAUGAAUAAUGAUAAUGGUAAUAUUUAUACCCCGCCCAUCUGGUUGGGUUCCCCAGCCACUCUGUACCCUCUGAAUACUGUACAAAAUAAAUUCUGCGCCUUCUAACUUGAUCAUGUAUUUUCCUAAUAAAGCAGAUGACAGCCCUAAAAAUAUUUUGCAGCUAGCCGUAGAGUGCUUGCUUCAGCCCGUCAGUUAUAUGAGGAUUAAGAUGUACCAGCUUAACAUAUAUCCAUUUUCUGAAUAGGAAUACAUUGUGACUGUUAAGUAUUAAAAUUAAGUGCAUUUUCAUAUUUUAUGUAUGCAGGGCUUGUUUUCAGUUCCGGCACCUCUCAGGUGGGCACCAUUGCCAUUCUAAGAGAAUGAGGGAGGCAUUCACGGUGAGUUCCAGCACCUCUUUUUCUAGAAAAAUAGCUCUGUACGAAUGUAUGUAUAAAUAUGUAUGUACAGUAUGUAGAUAUAGAUAAAACAUAACCUCCAAUCAACUCUAAGGUGUAUUUCAUACACACACAUACAUUAAAAACCAUUAUAAUGCAUAAAUUACUUUUAAAAUAAUGAAAUAAAAGUAAAAUAUUAACAGAAAUUUGUAAGAUACUGUAUAACAAAAAUUAACUGUCUAAAACUGUGCCCCUCAAAGGUCAGUACUGCACCCUCUGAAGUCUGUGCCCUAGCUGGCUGCCUAGCUGGCCUAAUGGUAACACUGGCCCUGAGACCCACACAGAAAGGUUUGCUUUUCUUAUAGUUGUCCUACAUCUGCACUGACCCAAGUAGCCUUGGACACAGGCACAAUUUGGACUUGAUACUAUUUAGCAGAUAUAACUAGUCGCCAGCAGAUGGCCCUCUUAAUGUAAGGUCCUAGGUGGAUAAUUUGCAUAAUGUAGAUCCUCCCAAGCAAUGGAAAGCCUGUUUUAUUUAAAGUUUCUGAGAGAGAAAGGUAAGUUGCAGAAAGCAAAACAGGUGUGUGUAUACUAGUAGUUCAUUGGCCUUCAUCUGGGUCGGAAGCCACUGCCAGGCCAUGAUGUAAGGUGGAUCUCAAGCAGCACUACCACCAUACAAAUGUAUGGUAAAGGGGGGAAAAUCAAGAGGUGGGCCUCCAGAUCAAUAAAUGUGUUAAAAGUGGGUCAGUAAAAGUUGAAAACCAAUGUACUAAUUGAAAGAUAAAACCAAAUAAAAGCCACAUUUGCCUGUAUUAUUUUAAAAACCUAAGUCAGGCAUGGCACCCACAUAAUUAUAAUUUCAAUCUGGCCAGGUUUCCCACUUCACAAUAAUAUGAAUGCCUUACUACAGUAUGCACUGUAUUUUAACUAUAAUUCUUCUAAUGGUAUCAUCAUCCAAAAUUUUAUUAUACCUUUGCACUAUGUGUAUCUUAUUUAAAGAUACGCUUGUGCUUGCUCACUGCUUUUAAGCUAAAAUAGCUACCUUUGGGAUUUCUUUCUCAUUUCCACUUAACAUAGGGAGACUUCCAUUGCAGAACUGGCUUUUUCUUUGUUUUGAUUAUAGAACACUUUUGUGUUUUGAAACUGAAACUCACAAUUUUGGAAAGAGGUAAAUAUCCUGCAAAUGCAAAGUCAGGUUGUUUGGUGGCCAAUUACAGUCACUGCACAGUCAUUUACUAUGUAACCAUUGGUUUAAAAGUUAACAUAAAUAACUAUAUACUUUGUAACAAUUCCUCCUUUCCAAAAAUAACAUCACUCAUGACAAUUAAAUAGCCCAAAAAACACAUUGACUGAAGACCUUCAAAUUGCAAGACAGAAAUGUAAUGAUAACCGUAACUGGUCAACUAUUGAAAUACCAAAGCCAAAUAAAUGCUGGAGUAGCUCAUCAUCAGACCAAGAUUUGUGAUAAAAGAAGUAACUGAAUUAUAAGGAAAGUGAAUGAUUAAGGAAAGUGUUAACUUGCAAGUUUUUUAAGAGCUAUAUUCUAACUGUGAAGAGUCAAAGUCUUUAAAGUCAGCGUGCUUGUGACCUUCAUUCUCAGGUAAGUUUGUCAUGUGGCCCCCAAAUGAUUAUUGAUGAUGAAGUGUGAGACCGAAAAGGGUUCUUCACCCCAGGUUAAGACAUAUAGUACAUAUAAACUAAUGCAGUAAACAUUUAAAAUGCAAAAAGAACAAAUUCACGUAUGUAACUGUGUUCUUUGGAACCCUGUUAAAAAGGAUAAAUUCUUCCAGUGAAAUACGGUCAGUGGCCCAUUCAGUGAUUGCACUAAUUUAAUGUUCCUUGUUGACAUAUAUUCAUUUCUAUUCACAGUGCUGCACUUAGUGCUAUCUGCAUCUAAAUGCAGUCAUUUUUGCCUUCCUUUUACAACAGAACUUUUUUAUGAAUGUCUGAUUAUGCAAACAUUUUAAGAAUUCACAUAGAUAUUUUGCCAUAUCAGUAUACAGCUACUACGCUUUCAGGUCGUUUUCGUCAGCUGAAUAAAUACUUGCGCAAUGUUUCACAUCUACAGUAUCUGCAGUCUAAUUCUCCCUUUUAAUUUGAAACUCAGUCUUCACUACAAAGCAGGGGUGGGAAACAUGUGGCCCCCCAUCUGUUGGACUGCAACUCUCAUUCACCCUGAUCAUUAACUAUGCUGGCUGGGGCUGAUGUGAGUUUGAGUCUAACAACUUCUGGAUGGACAGAAGUUUCCCAUUUCUGCCCUACAGUAUUCACAGUUUUAUAAUUUGGCAGAACCGGCCCAUUCAUGAGGCAAAGUGGGGCUACCACCUCAGGCGGCAGGAACCACAGGGGCAGCAGAUCCGGCUUCCAAGGAAUGCAUCACCUGCUGCCGUGGUGGUGGCAAGAGCUGUUGUGCGCUCCCUGGAGGCUGGAUCUGCCAUCUCAGCAGCUCCUUGCAAUGGCAUCUCUGCAGCACCCUCUUGGCAAAUAGAAGGAGCUGCUGGUCUCCUCUCUCCCUUGUUCCUGAUAUAGAUUUUCUUCCUGGGUGUGGAGGCACCGUUUUGUGGUUCGCUUCAGGUGCCAAAAUGUCUUGGGCUGGUCCUAUAACUCGAUGUCCUAGCAGUGCUCCCUGUAUUUAAUAAGCAUCUAUAUGCAUGCACCUGCAUACACAUGCACAAAGAAAUACACACACCUUGAUAUUAAAUUCUGUCUCUCCCAAAGCGUAGAUCAUUAGCUGCAAGCCAUUUCCUCAAUUUCCAGAUAGUGACAGAUAUAAUAAACGUUCAUAUUAACAACUAACCUCAUAGGAAGCUAAUGGCCAGAAGUCAAUUGUUUAGAAGCUUCCUGUACAUGAGGAAAUGGGAAAACAAAAGGAGCAAUACUAAGGCACAGUUUUGUCUAGAAUUCUGUGGAGCCAAAUAGGAAGUUGCAUGGAAGCCAAUGAAGCUCUUACUUCAGAAAAGUUCUAUAAAGCAGUAUUGAAAUGAAAUGAAUAAAUCGCAUUCGUGUAUACAUAUGCUUUCCCUUGAUCCUCUCUCCCUCUCCAUUGAGGAGGAUUAAUUCUCCCACCCACCCAGAGGUGUGCCUAGCAUCUUCUUCAUUAUAUAGUUUUCCAUCAAAUGGGGAAUAUGCACCUCUUUAUCCUGGGCUUUGCCAACUGAGAUAUGUAGUUUUCUAAUACACGUUAUUUGUGCGACUUUAGACCCCCAGCUCCCAUCAGCCUCAGUCUGUAUGGCCAGUGCUCAGGGAUAAUGGGAACUGGAGUCCGGCAACAUCUGAAGGCUCACAGGUUUCCUGCCAGAGACACCAAAUAAUAAAUCACAUUUUUCCGCCUAUAGGAUACCCCCAUGUAUAAGACACUCCCUAGAUUGUUUCCCCGCAUGCAGCGUCAUUGGGGGAAUUUGUGCUUCUGCCAGCCAUCCGGUGGGCAGGAGUGCAACCUCCCCUGAUGCCACCACAUGCGGGAAACGACCCAGGGAGUGCCCCCCCCCGCGGGCAGCGGCAUUGGGGGAAGUUGCGUUCCUGCCAAUGAGCUGGCUGGCAGCGUGCAGCUUCUCCCUCCCACGCAGCUGUGGGCAGGGAACACCCCCCAGAUUGCUCCCCACUCGCUGCAGCAUCGGGGGAAGCCAUGCUCCCGCGCCCUGCUUCUCCCCACCCCCCCAUGCCACUAUCUAUGUAUUGGAAAACCCCCGUUUUUUGAUGUGAUUUUUGAGUAAAAAAACCUUGUCCAAUACAUGGAAAAAUACAGUAGGUUAAUUGUCAUAUGCCCCCAUUAUGUAAAUAUUGUCUUUAAGAGGAAAUGCAAAAGAGUACCUGAGUGAUGCAGUGAUGAAAGCAAAAAGAGGGGACUGAGUGAUACAGGGCCUACAUGACAAAUGCUCUAAUAGCAGCCUUUUUUGAGCAAUGCAGAACAAUAAUUAUUUAGGACUAAUUAACUUGAUGCUAUAGUAGAUAAGAAUUCUGUAAAUAAUUAAACAUAUGCAGAUAAGCAGGUCUUAUAAGGAAGAGAGUAUGGUUAGAAAUGUCAGGGAACUGCCAUCGGACGGAAGGGAGGUGAAAGGGCUCACACAGGUUGGGAGAGACUCAGCAGCUGAAGAGGGAACCAGCAGGGAGGUGAAAGGGCUCACACAGGUUGGGAGAGACUCAGCAGCUGAAGAGGGAACCAGCAGGGGGAGAGGAGCUGAGCUGAGGGAAAGUGAGCUGGAGGGAUGGCUCAGAGACACUUCCAGCGAAAACAGUGGGGAGGUUUCAGGACCUCCUGUAAGAACACCCACUCCUCGCCGGAAACUGUCACGCAGAGAGUCCAGAAGACGUGUUUCCGUUAAGGAGCUUUUAUGUUGGAAGCGAUUACGAAAGCAACCACUGUCGGAAUCAGCUAGUGACUAGAGGAGCCAUGUCUGAGGGGCUCCGUCACAGACAGAGGUUUGUGGACUUGAACAAACUCUGAGGGAUACGAUUUUACGCACAAGCAGCUCAUCAUCCCAUCACAGCAUUCCGACAGUCUUUGAAAGCAGCUUGUGCAGGAGAAGGCAUCAUGAGCAACCCAGCCGGAACCGGAGAAGCAGGAGCUGGAGCGGGUCCAAGCCUGGAAGAAAGGUACCGGGUGUUGGAGGUCCAGCUAGCGAUGCAGACGGCGAGGCUUGAGGAGAGGAGGGCUCAGGAUGCAGACAAAAGGGAAAGCCACCCAGCGCGUCAGAAAGGUACCAGGAUUGGUGCAGAAGUUUGGGGGGGGAGCCCAAAGACUAUCAUGGCUUUCGGACAGAGAUGCAAUAUGCCCUCAAUCUGCAGUUUGAUGAAUUCCCUGAUGAGGAAUCACGAGUGGCUUUCGUGAUUGAGCAUCUUGAAAAGGGGGCGAGAGACUGGGUUAGACCCCUGAUGGCAGCGAAUAGUGACGUCCUAAAGGACACGAUGAAGUUCUUUCGCGCCAUGGAUCUGAUGUUUUCCAGCGAUAUUGAACAGGGAGUGGUGCGCAGACAGUUAAUGGCUUGCAAACAGGGGAGCCGAUCUGUCCGUGAGUACUGGACUGAGUUCACCAUGCUGGUUCACAGAUUGGGGUGGGACUUAUCGGCGGAACCCAUUCAAAUGCUCUUUGAAGAAGGGCUUUCUUCGGCUGUGAAAGACGAACUUUCCCGGGCGCCCAGGGCGGAGUCUAUGGACCAGCUGACCAAAUCAGCGCUGACCAUAGGAGCGCGCCAGGAGGCGAGAGCAUUGGAGAGGCGGGAAGGGAAAGGGGAACGUUGGAAGGAGUUCCGCAUUCCAGACAUUCCAGAGCCAACUUUCCCGCCGGCAGAGCCGAUGGAAAUCGGAACAGCGCGCGCGCGCAGUUUCAAAGCCCAGUGAGGGGGGGAAAGAAGGAGGGAAAGGCGCCCGGAAAUGCUAUCUCUGCCAACAGCCAGGCCACUUUGCCAGAGUCUGCCCCCAGAGGAAGGAAUGGCAAGGGAUGGUAGGAGCUGUGGAUGGAAGAGAGGAAGAAAUACCGGAGCAAGUAAAAGCCAACGCCUGGCUGCCACUGUCGGGGCACAGCAGCCAGGCCAAAGAGCAGUGAGAGUGCCCACGCCAGAACCUCCUAAACCCGCCCUAGUGAUAGAAGUGACGCUAGAGCUGCCAAACGGACACCCUCUAAAGAUAAAGGCGCUGUUGGACUCAGGCAGCUCCUGCAAUUUCAUGAGCAAAGAGUUUGCAGCUGAACACCAGAUACAGACGAUCCCUUUAAGCAACCCCCUGCAGGUGACCACGAUCGAUGGCAGGGAGCUGUUGGGAGGAGAAGUCAGCUGGCAGACCGUCCCAAUGAUAAUGAAGGUAGCAAGGCACACCGAACUGAUAGCCUUUAAUGUGGCCACCUUGGGAGGAGCUCCCAUUAUAUUGGGGAUGAGCUGGCUAGCGUUACAUGAUCCGCUGGUGGGCUGGCAUCAGAGAGUGGUUUCUUUUGGUUCAGCACAUUGCUUAGAACACUGCAAAGAGGGAAAGGGUUUGGCAGGGGCCCAAGCCACCCUAGCAGGGACUGAAGUAACGGAGAACGUGAAGGUACCACGACAAUAUGCAGAUCUCCGUGACGUCUUCAGCGAAAGGGAAGCUGACCAACUACCCCCGCAUAGACCCUUUGACUGUCAGACAGAGAGAUGCAGGAGCUAAGAGAGUUCAUUGACAAGAACCUGAAGAGAGGGUUCAUCAGAGAGUCCAGGGCGGCGGGGGCAGCCCAGUGUUUUUGUGGAUAAAAAACACGAACAAGCCGAGGCUGGUGUGUGACUUCAGGGCCUUAAAUGCAGUGUCAGAACCAGUGGCCUUCCCUAUGCCCAGGAUUGACGACAUUUUGACAAGGGUGCGGAAGGGAAAGAUUUUCACAAAGCUGGACCUAAGGGGGGCGUACAACCUGGUACGAAUAAGGAAGGGGAUGAAUGGAAAACCACUAUGUUCACCCCUUUAGGGGCAUUUGAAUAUUUGGUUAUGCCCUUCGGCCUACAAGCAGGCUCCGCAACAUUUCAAUCGUUUAUGAACCACGUCCUGGGGCCUUUGCUUUACAAGAAUUGUGUGGCCUUUUAGACGACGUGUUGGUGUAUUCUGAGAAUGAGGAGCAGCAUGUGAGAGACGUCAGAGAAGUGUUGAGCAGGCUGCAAGCCAACCAGCUGUGGGUGAAACUGGAGAAGUGUCAGUUUCAUACCAAGGAGGUGGAAUUCCUGGGGUAUCGCCUGUCAGACAAGGGAUUGGCCAUGGAUCCCGGCAAGGUCCAGGCGGUGCUGGAAUGGAAAACACCCAAAACAAGGAAGGAUGUGCAGAGGUUCCUAGGAUUUGGGAACUUCUAUCGUAAGUUCAUCCGAAACUUUGCCCACCUGACGGCGCCCAUUACGGACUGUCUCAGCAGUAAGAAGAAGUUCGUUUGGACUGAGGAGGCAGUGUCGAUAGAUUUUAUGACUGAUCUGCCGAAGUCCAAAGGGAAAACAGCCAUCAUGGUGGUGGUAGACCUACUAACAAAGAUGUGCCACUUUGUAGCUUGCUCGCAUGCAGUCACGGCGGAAGAGACAGCGAAGUUAUUUGUAGAACACAUUUUUAGGUUGCACGGGGUGCCAUUGAGGGUGGUCUCAGACCGAGGAAAACAAUUUACUUCCAGGUUCUGGAGGAAGCUCAUGAGCUUACUGCAGGUGGAGGUCAAUUUUUCGACUGCCCGGCACCCUGAAACCAACGGGCAGGCGGAAAGAGCAAACGGUGUCCUCCAGCAAUACCUGAGGUGUUAUGUCAAUGACAGAGAGAAUGACUGGGUAGAAAAGUUGGCGCUGGCGGAAUUUGCCUACAACAAUGCCGAGAAUGUGUCCACUGGGAUGAGCCCUUCUUGGCUAAUUAUGGGUGUCAUCCCAGGGCUUUCCCAGGGGAGAUGGGGAGAGAUGGAGCGUCCCGGCAGCCGAGCAUUUUGUGGAAGAAAUGGAAGCAAUCCAUCGUCAGCUCCAACUCAACUUAGAAAGGGCGAAGGAAGAAUACAAGAGGCAGGCAGACAAGAACCGAAGGGAAGGUGAAACCAUAAGGGUGGGAGAUAGGGUGUGGCUGUCAACCCGAGGGUUGCCGUUCAAAGGAGGUUGUAAGAAAUUAAGACCCAGGAGGUUGGGUCCCUUUGAGGUCAUUCAACAGGUCAACCCAGUGGCUUUCAGGCUCCGGUUACCCAACCACAUGAAACUGCACCCAGUAUUUCACAGGUCGUUACUGUCACCGUACGAAGGGGGACGAGAAGGGAUGGCCACUCGGGGACCGGUCAUAGAAGAAAGAGAAUGCAGCAGCCAUGUGGCAGAAAUCCUCGACGCCAGGUGGAAGGGGGAUCAGGUGGAGUAUUUGGUAGCGUGGGAAGGAGAACCGGAGUCAGAAAACACUUGGGUAAUGGCCGAAGAUAUCAAUGACGAGGUAUUGAUAGAAACGUUCCAUCAAAGGUUCCCAAGGAAACCUCAGCCUGUGGAGAGGUUCCGGAGGGAAUACUUUGGGACCACUGAUGAGGGGGAGGAGUUGGAAGGAUUCCCGGACUCGGAAGGGGAGGGGAGAUGGACUCUGAGGAGGAGGAGUACUUCGAGACCAGGAACCGCAACAGGUGGAGAGAAGUGUUCGAGACAUCGGAAGAUGAAGGAAGUUCAUUCCGGGUUUUGCCUCCUCACCGCCCGUAGAGGAGGGGGCGAGAGGGGGUGAAGGGGGCCCUGGAGGGGAGGUGGAUGUCAGGGAACUGCCAUCGGACGGAAGGGAGGUGAAAGGGCUCACACAGGUUGGGAGAGACUCAGCAGCUGAAGAGGGAACCAGCAGGGAGGUGAAAGGGCUCACACAGGUUGGGAGAGACUCAGCAGCUGAAGAGGGAACCAGCAGGGGAGAGGAGCUGAGCUGAGGGAAAGUGAGCUGGAGGGAUGGCUCAGAGACACUUCCAGCGAAAACAGUGGGGAGGUUUCAGGACCUCCUGUAAGAACACCCACUCCUCGCCGGAAACUGUCACGCAGAGAGUCCAGAAGACGUGUUUCCGUUAAGGAGCUUUUAUGUUGGAAGCGAUUACGAAAGCAACCACUGUCGGAAUCAGCUAGUGACUAGAGGAGCCAUGUCUGAGGGGCUCCGUCACAGACAGAGGUUUGUGGACUUGAACAAACUCUGAGGGGAUACGAUUUUACGCACAAGCAGCUCAUCAUCCCAUCACAAGAAAGCAGGUUGAAUGUAGCUGGGGAAUCACAGUGGGGCAAGUAUGUGGGACUUUAUGGCUCUCAGAAAUGCUGCCUGUCAGCACUGGAGAGACAAGAUUUGUUGUUCACGAGAAUUUUAGUGGAUAGUGUUAUUUGAAGCGUAUGAGGAGCAGGGAGGCAACUCUGGCCCUUUUCAUAUACUAAUUCAGUUUUUCCUUCACUUCCUUUGGUUAAUGUUCCAUGCACUGAAAAAAAUUGAGUCAGACAGUCUGUGAUAUCUGUUGGUCUUCCUUACAAGGUCAUGUAUACAUUUCUACUAGCCUCAUCCAUCUGUUAUGAUUUAAGUUCAUUGGCACAGAUGUAGUAGAUUGUUACUGAGCUGCAGCUAUAUUGGAAAAUGUAACCUGAAACACUCCCCCCUUCCCAUUUGCUUGUUGAGAUUCAGUGAGGUGAAAGAUUUUAUUUAGCUUUUUACAGUAGUUGUAGAGAGAAGGUCCUCAAUCUACAUUGUGGAACACUGGGUAAACAAGUAGUAGUAGUAGUAUCAUCAUCAUCAGCAGUAGUAUAACUGGAGUUGGAAUUUAAAAGGUAUUCAAAUUCUGUACUUUAGAGGCUGACAUACACUUCUUUAUGCUGUUUUCAUCAUGUAUCGGAUAAGAAUGCUGAGACUAUUUGUUACUGCCCAUGAUUCUCAGCAUUUCUCUACAUCGUAAUUUGCAAAAAUGAUUUUUAGUGCUCGUAACAAUUUGUUUUGUAAAAUAAAAAUAAAAGGUAGCUUUAUCCUGAGACUUCUCUGUGCAUUUUCCCAAUGCAGCAUGUGCCAGGGUCAUACUGUUAUUAGAUCCUCAACUCAUGAAUGUUACUCACCAACCUCAGGAUUUAUUGAGACGUGUUGCAUUUAAAACUGAUAUACACACUUGAUUUUGCUUGUCUGGGGGUUCCAGGCCAAGAACGAAGGCAAUGUUUCAAUGUCACUCACCCACAUAACAGGUUGAGCAAACCAUCAGAAGUCUAGCAGGUAAGCAAGUGCAAAUUGAAGACCAAGACAUGCAUCAGGUCUGGUAGGUCAUUCUGUAGUUUUAAAUUUGUGAAACAAGCAAUUAGCCUGUCCAGGAAGUCAGGACAGAGUGAAGACAGACACACCAUAAAUGCAAUGAAUAAGGAAUGAACAUUCCCUGCCCUGGAAACAAAUGCCUCAGCAUGCAGCACAUGGGUGUUCAAGCCACUUCCAUCAGACUUUACAAUAGCUAUCUUCAUCCUUAGAAACCAAGAUCACAGAUGAUAAAGCAAGAUGGGGGACAAAUGCAACAGGGAAAGCGUUAGUCACUGCAUAAUUUCUGCAGUGAGGGGCAUCAAAGGUAGCACUCCUGUGUAAAUAACCGCUUGUGACUCCAAGUGCUCUUACAAUCCCAGAUGUAGAAUUGCUUGAGGUUAUGCAGGUUAAGAUACAGGAUUUUUUGGACAUGCUCAAAGUUACUCUUCACAUUCUCAGGGCUGAGUCAUAGCACUGAAAACAGACUGUGUGGCUAUUUAGAUCCUUAGGAAGGCCAGAAUAGUUAGAUGACUAGAAAAGGAAGCCAAGGCAAUCUGCUUGUAAGUAAAGUAAUAAUGUACAAUUCCAUUAAACUGUCUUCUCCACAGAGGGCGAAAAUGAAUACAUUUAGAUUACAGUCUCAGAAGGCUAGAAAUAGAAAUAAGAUGGUUUUUUAAAAAAGCAGAAAGAGUCAGGUUAAUUAAUAGUGCCUAUUCUGGACACUUCCUGUAUUACUAUUAAUAGUUUCCUUCUAGAAAUGUAAUUGUUCACCAUGUGCUCAGCAUGCAGUAUUAAAAUUAUAUUAUGCCUGAUACAUUUUGUAAUUUGAUUUUAAAAGCAUAAAAAAUAAUUUACCAAUUUCUUCUUCCUUAACUACUGUGAUUGUUAUAUACUGCAAACAUAUGAAUAUGAUACCAGCUAUGUUUACAUACAAGUUGCAAGAUUAGGCUGCAAUUUUAAAACACAACUCACCUGAGUGAGUGUUGAUUUCACAGCUACAGUGCAAUUACAUGCAGGUCUACUCAGAAGUAAGUCCCACUGGGUUCAAAGAGACCUACUUCCAGGUAAAUGUGCCCUUAACAGCAACAAUUUAUUGGUCACCUUCUAAACAACCGUCUCAAGGCAAUUUACACUGAAGGUAAUUAAAAGCUGUUAAAAAUACAUAAAGAAUAGAUACAUUUGAAACAAGCCUAAACUGUACAAAGUAGACCCUUGCAAAAUGCCUAUUUAUCCAGCUGGGAAAUCUGGUUGAAACAAAAAUGUCUUCAAUUGUUUCAGGAAAGUGCAUAUAUUGAGUGCCUAUCAUAUCCUGAAAGGAAUACCGUUCCACAAAAUAGCAGCAGCCACACUAAAAACCCUGCAAAGCAGGCUUCUGAGCUCUUCAGAAAAACACUGCAGACAGUGUAUAAAGCAAACUGGGCCUGAGUUGCAUAUAUCUUAUUCCUAUUCAUAUGUUUCAGAUAAAGGGAUUGUUUUUAAAGAUGGGAGGAAAACCAGGACAGAAAAGAAAACAGGGAAUGUGAGCAUAGAAGUUUACAUCUUGCCCACUACGUCUUUGUUUAGUCUGCUUUUCCAAGAUAUAACAUUUAUUUUAAAAUGUUAGCUCUCAGAUACAGUGAGUUACGACCUGAACACCUUAAAAUAUAUUAUAACAGGACUUUGGCCAACAUACCUAUUUGGUUCAAAUUUACUGGAAGAGGCUCUGUGUGAAUCUGUUGUGCUAAAUUCAUGCUGAUAGUGCUAGCUUCUGGAAUUUGUCACUAACAUGACACCUUAGUUGGAUGUUACAUUGGGCCUCAAAUUCUGCACUGUAGUCUAAACAGUGCAAUCCUAUACAACAAAAGUCCCAUUGAGUUUAUCAAUUCUUCCAGAUGUACGGUAUAUAGAUGUGUUUAGGAUUUGUAGUCUAAAUCAUCUGGCAGUCAAUAGACUGAAAACAGGGCUGUUGCAGACCAGGUCUCAGAAGAGCUUGUUAGAAAUGAGGACUGUGGAUUAUUAAUUUUUGUACCCUAUUAUUACUUACCCAAACAAGACGCAUUUUUCUGGUGACAGCAUAAUUUUGUUUCACUUUCCUAAGAAAAAAAAGGUUAGCCUUUUAAGUUUUAACGUGGGCCACAUGGGUCAAAGUAUUUGUUAUUUAGAAGAUCCCAGAGUGGGGACAGCACACUCAUAUAUACAUAGCAAAAUAUGACAAAAUACUUGAUAAGCACAACGUUAAUGAGUCACUGCAGUGUUGCAUUAAAUAGCUGUUUUUGGUUUUACUGUUGGCAGCAUUACAGUACUGAAAUCAUAUGUGCUUCAUACUAGCAAAUAACGAAGGCAGCCCUGUCCCUAACUCCAUAUAUUUUAGCAAUUUAAUUUUUCAGAGCUUUAUCCCCAUGUGAAAUACUGUCUGCUUUAAUGGAAUUAUUCAGUGUGUGCUGUUAAUACCAAGUCAAAUCAAAGCAGGACUGAAACCCAGCAAUAAAGACAGGAUAUGACAAAGCAGAGGGAAUGAGAUAAGCAACGUUUCAAAGCAAUUUAUUAAUGAAAACUGACAUUUUAAAUGUGAGAUAUUUCAAUGUGAAUAUAAAAUAGUAAUUAACAAUUAAUGAAAAAAAGUUUAAAUUUGUUACCAGAUCAAAUAUAUAAACUAAGUAACACUGCAGAGACCUAGCUUUUAUUAUAUGGACUUCAUAUAAGAAUAACAUUAUGGAAUAAACAUCUGUUGUUUUCUGCAGAUUGUAACCUUCUGUUUUACAAUCAGAAGCACCUCUAGCUACCUUAUACAAGCAGAACAAAUCAUACAAGUCACAUAUAGGAAUACCAGUUUUGCAGUUGUUUGUCCAGAUAAUGUAAGAUCGGGCAAUAACCCUCUCUCCUGCGGUGACAAAUUUCAGAUACUCCUCAAAAUUCAACACAAGGCACUUCUGCUGUUCUGUGAAGCUACUUGCCAUCCUUUUAAACUGUAGGGCCAUUCUAAACUUCCAGGGAUGUCCUGAGCCUUGUACGUGGCAGCCAUGGUGGGUGUGCAGGACUUUUGUUGGGGGGGCAGAACUGACAUGAUUGGUCAGUUACUUAAGUAUUUCUGUUGUUUUACCUAUUUAUCUACUUGCACUGGCAUGCUUUCCAUCUGCGAGGUUGGCAGAAGGAUCUCCCCUUGGCUAUGCCCAUGCUGGCAGCUACUGAAUUUCUGUAGUUUCAGUGGAGUGGGCUCUCUGACAUUUCAGUUAAUGCCAGUGAUGCUGUCAGCCAGGGCAGAACUUUGGGACACAUGUACAGGACCCCAACAUAGCAGAAUGAGCAGGGCAGGCCUGGACAGAGCUUGUCUGAUGCUGAGGGUGGGAGUCCUGUUGGAAUCAAGUGAUAAACUCAAAAAAGCAUCCAGUCCUUGGCAAGGCCCCCAGCUGGCUUAGCCCUUCAAGGUCCAGUGCAAGUGUACUCGCCUGUCUCCCCUUCUGCACAGCUGGAAGCAAGGGGUUCCCAAAUGGCUGGCUUACCACACUGUAAAGUGUUACCAGAGAAGGACCCAUAAAGAACAUUAAGGCCAAAUUCCCUAACUGUACCACUGAUUUAUGGACAGUAAAUGUGAUAAUUCCUUUGCAUUGAUUUUGGGGACAGAACCACCCCUACCAUUUUCCUUUUUCUCCCUUAUCGUGAUGAAGAAGAGCAUGUAUUUGUUUGUCAUAUUUAUGGUGGAAGAUAAAGGCUGUUUCCCCCCCUUCAAAUCACAUAAUUCUAAAAUAAAAUGACCCCAAUCAGGUCUGGGUCUGAUCAGUGCCUGCACCAGAAAUUGCCUGGGAACCCAAUGUACACCUCCUUGAGCUUCAUAAUGGAAAAAAGGUGGAAUAUAAAUAUAUAACCCUAAUAAUGAUAUGUAACUUCUCUGCAGCUUUCUGGAGACAGCAAGGAUGUGAAGACAGUUAAUACCACGGUGGAAUGAAGAGAGCCCUUUCACUUUCUGUUCUACAGUAUCAGACUUCAGUCACUGAAGAGAGGCUGCAAAGGCGUAAUGGUAACCAAACACUUGACGUGGUCCUCAGCGAUGGUAGGCUAAGCUUGAAAAGCAUGAAAAGUCUGGCGAGGAAAGGGAGCUAGGCCGGGUUGGACUAGAUGACCCUAGUGGUCCCUUCCAACUCUACGAUUCCAUGUAAGGAAGAGGCGGUGGGUGGUUUGGGAAAAGUCAGGAAUAACAAGUAGAAGUUUAUCAUGUGGGGUCAACAUCAAAGCUACGGAGAAAGGGGAAGUGGCAGAGGGAACUGGGAAGGGUAUUUUGAAGUGUGCGUCGUGGUAAUUCCCCCCUCUGUAUUAUGAUUAUACAGCACUCGCCCUUAUGACACAAAACCAAAGCCGCUUCCGAAAAGAGGCGCAGCUUAGAAAGUGGCGAAAAACCAUCCAACGAAACUUCAGUAUUCCUGCUUAUUUUAAAGUUUCCAGCCUUAAAACCCCCAAACCUGAGAUAGCGUGCAACUAGUAAAAAUAACACAAGACUCGCCAGGCACCAACCAUUUCAGUUUUAAUGACGGGCGACGGGGGGAAGAUGAUGGGAUCCCCUCAAUCCUCCUUCCACGCCUCCGCAGAUUUUUUUUGAACGCGGGUUCCCACAACCCCACAAACCUGGAUCUCUUCCUCCCUCCGUCUUCCUCGUGGGCGGAGCAGGAGCCCGAAAGCCCGGCCAGGAAUUGAAGAGGGAGGCUCCCAGCUUUGGGAAGUGGAAUCACGGCUCUGCCCCCGCCCUUUGCCCCAUCUCUUUCCCUGGAGCUGGGCGGAGGCGCGCCCUCCCUUCCCCUCGAUGACUCGUCCCCUCCGCGAGGCGGGAUGAGCCUGGAUCCCAGCCCCUCCCCCCGCCCGCGAGAGAUUUGGGGGCGAGCGGGACCACCCCUCCUCAGCCUCUCCUCCUCCCGUUUGCCUUGGCCGGGCCAUAUAUACGCGACGAGAGGCGCACUCUCCUUUUUUUCCCUUGGAAAGGGUGGCCUUCGCCGGCGGGCGGGGACGCGCAACGCCGUGUGGCUGCGCGGCGCUCCUGAGCAUUACGGCGCCCAUUCCUGGCUCCUUUGACUUGUUCUCCAGCGGCGGCGGCGGCGGCGGCGAGGGAAGCUGGAAGCGCUUUUGCUUUUGUCGAUCCUGAGCAGCCAUGGCCGAGCGCCGCGCCUUCGCGCAGAAGAUCAGCAGGUAAGGCGGGCGGCGCGACCAAGCUGUGGGCCCCGCGGGCUUCGCUGCCGGAGGAGCUGCAACUUGGGUUCUGCCGGCGAAGCGCCAGGGGCCUAAGAUGCCGCCUGGCUCCGCGCGCCUCUCCCCGAGGCAGCCUGCGGGUGGCCGGGUUGCGCUUGGGGCGGGGAAGGGCUCGCCCGGCGGGUGCUGCUGCUGCGCGCUCCGGGCUGGCCCUGGUCCUGCCAGGAGUCACACCCUCUCGGUCCUCGGGUGCCCCGCGUUGCCCGGGGGCGGGGAGCAUUGUGCGCUCGCGUGUUAUCGCAAAGGGCGUUGCGCUCCCUGCGUGACCCCGAUCUGCAGGCACCUUCUGUCUGCCGAGCACCCUGCGCUCCGGCGAGUGGGCGGGGCGGCUGGUGGGGUUUCUCCUCGAUCUGGCAGAAAAAGCGAGCGAGGGUCGUCCCAGGGCUUAGCCAUACUCUGGGUUCUGCGUCGGAGGGAGGUGGCUGCAUUGUGUGAUUGCGCCGUGCUUUGUGAGCUGCUUGCAAGUGCACGGGAGCAAACCCCAAGCAUGCCGUUCGUUUAUGCGCUGGCUUAAAAGCUGCCGUGCAUGCGUUGUCCUUUCCCCCCUCUUUAUCUUUGCAUUCGGUGAAUCGUGUGCAGGCCCCUUUUGUCAUGCAUUGUUCUCCGGAUUCGUGUAGCAGGCUGGUGUAUUUUACUCCCACUCGUCCUUAUGCCUGUGAAUUGUGUUUCUCAGAGUGUGGUUCUAAGCUGCCUACUGUGCUGUGAUCUGGUGAGGUGCGCCAUGGCUUUGCCUUCAAGGUUGUGAUGUAUGUGCCUGAGGGGGCUGGUGAUGCGUGCAUUAUACGCAAAGGGGAAUCUGGGAUGGGUUCUUGGUCAUGUGCAGAACACACAAUGAUGUUUUCUUGUCUGCUAUACAGCAUGGCAAGUAUCUCUCAUUCCACGGAAUAAGGUGGAGAGCAGAACUCAGGUCUGAUGUUCAGGGGAUGCAAAACCCUCUGAAAUACUUUGCUGUCUUGCAACUGUCAACCUGCCCCGGAAUUGUAGUGUCCCUUAAGUUCUUUCUUCACAGCAACUGGAAGGACUAUAAAUGUGUCAAGGUCUUGAUUUCCUGCUAGCUUCCCUGCAAGAUGGUUAAGUAUUUGUAUAUUCUUCACUUUCUCUUUUAUGAGGAAAUACUUUCUAUAUAUCUGAGGUGUAUGUUGGUACCAUCUUAGUUAUACUUAGUGAAGUCCAGUUUGCAAGUUAGAUUAUUAGUCCAAGGAAAGUGUUGCAAUGAGCAGUAUAUUGGGGUGGGGAUUUACAUUGGUACCUCGGGUUACAUACGCUUCAGGUUACAUACGCUUCAAGUUACACACUCCGCUAACCUAGAAAUAGUGCUUCAGGUUAAGAACUUUGCUUCAGGAUAAGAACAGAAAUCAGGCUCUGGCGGUGCGGCGGCAGCAGGAGGCCCCAUUAGCUAAAGUGGUGCUUCAGGUUAAGAACAGUUUCAGGUUAAGUAUGGACCUCCGGAACAAAUUAAGUACUUAACCCGAGGUACCACUGUAUAUGGAGUAGAGGAGCCACUGCCAUAUUCUGUAUGCUGAAGUUCACUACUCCACCUAUACACAGUGCUGCCUCAGUAACUUUAGAGCUGUUCCAUCUGUGCUUCUUUGAACUACUGGCACACAUUUACAGUGCAUUCCUUUGCAUGGUUACUCAGAGGUGAAUCCCUCUCUCUCUACUAAGUGUGUUUUAGACCACAUUUAAAAGCGGCAUCAUACCACUUUAACAGUCCUGGCUUCUCCUGGGAAUUGUACUUUAAACAAUUCUCAGAACCCUUAGCAGAGACCCUUCUUCCUUUUACAGAGGUACAAUUCUCAGAGUUCCCUGUGUUAAAUGAAUAGAGCGCAUGUGGCCUAGAUGACAGCUGUAAAUUGAGUAAUGGGGAGAUUUUAAGGAUAAUAGUCCUCCCUACAUGCAUGUAUGUUUGGGUAGGUGAUGCUAAUCUACAUUACUGGCUUUCAGUUCAUGACCAAGGAAGUAGUAAUAAUUCCAGAUUAAAGGGUUAUGAUAUUGUUCACUGCUCCCUUAGCUUUCCCCACCCUGCUAGAUAUUAUUCAGGCACCCCCAAACUCGGCCCUCCAGCUGUUUUGGGACUACAACUCCCACCAUCCCUAGCUAACAGGGCCAGUGGUCAGGGAUGAUGGGAAUUGUAGUCACAGAACAGCUGGAGGGCCGAGUAUGGAGAUGCCUGUUAUAUGCAGGACCAGUAACAAAAUGUUGCAGAGUAAAUUCUACUUGUUCCAGUUCACCAUGCCCUCUUCCAAAACAUCUAUUCCACCCCUUCCUCAGAUAUUCUGUGGCUACUGAGCUUGCUCAUUUCUCUUUGGGCUGCUUUGGGGGGGGGGGAAUGUUGUCCCAAUUUCCCCCUAGACUUACUUUCUUUUACCAAAUAUUUUUGUAUUCCUGCAGACUGUUAGGUUCCCCCGAGCAUAUUUUUUUUAUGUAUCUCUUGUUUCUCAUGGUCUUUGUUUGGGCUACAACACUCCCCAGCUGAGUUCCCUAUUAGAGAGACAGAUAGUGAUAAAGGAUUGGGGGCAGGAUGCAAUUAAGAAAACCUUCCUUCCUGGUGCAUUUUGCCAUGGGAGCUGAUUGUGCCAUGGGAGCAGCUCUACAGUUAGGGCAAGUGAGUUCCAUUUGAAAUCAAAGAGAUUUCCACUUAGGCUCCCAAGCAACUUAUUAUUAUUAGUCUCUCUUCCUCACCUUCCCCAACAACUAGAAAUAACUGAGUCUGAGAAUCUGGGGAUCACAGGUUGCAAUUCUAAGCAUGCAUACCAAAGAGAAAGUCCCAUUGAAAUCAAUUAAUAUGUUUGCAGUGAUGCAGCUUUAUUUCACCCCUCACCAGGGGAACGAAAAGAAUCUGUUUUGCUUAUUAGAACACUGAGUGAUUGAUCAAGUGCUCUUGCUAAAGCUCUUGACUACUUCUCUUAAGUGGUGGCUGCAUCAGAUUGACAUUGGCCAGUUCAAUUGUAGCUAUUCAGAAAGUAGGAGCCAGAAGAAUGUUACUUUCACCCCUUGUGAAUGGCAAGCUCUGGCAGCAGUGACUGAAUCUAUUCAUGGCAGAGGACCACUCCAAAGGAAAAAUGGGGGGGGGGAGAAGAAGAGUGUCAACCUUUCUUGUCCUUAACUUUGUUUAUAGGGAAAGGGAAAGUGCUGGAAGAGACCAGAAGUGAUGAACUGUCUGUAUUUGAUCCCUGUGUAUUCCUUAUUUUCUUUGCAACAGCAGCAAUAAGAGAAAUAUAUUCAGGUAUAUCCAUAAAAAGUGGUGAUGCAUCAGCAGGGAGAAGGCUCUACAACCAAUUUUGGAAUUUAUUUUCAUGCAUUUUAUUUUUUUAUUUAUGAAUUGCUUCCCAUGAAAACGUGGGAAGUGUUUAAUAAUUAAAAUACAUCAAUACGUAGUAAAGACAUAUACCGUAUAAAGCAUUUUCAAAUCCAAUUCAGAUGCAGUCUGGGAUAAGAACUUCUUUAUAGAAGGCUUGCUGAAAAAGAAAGGUUUUCAGUAGGCCCUAAUAGGAGGGUGCUGCGCUAAAAGCCUGAUUCCUACAACAUACGGAUUUCUGUCCCAACACUGAAUCCCCUUCUUAAAUAUGAUGCCGUAAAACAUCUUUGAGACUCCUGGUGAAAACUGUUUAUUCAAGUUUUUUUGUUUUUGUUUUAAAAACAAUCAUUUAGAAGCCAUGAAAAGUUUUCAUUGUUCUUGAAAUAUUGAUAUCUCAGAAGUUGAAAUUUUAAGUCUUAGGCCCCAUGCAAGCCAUUUAUAGCCUCUGGUUUUCUUCAUGCUGUGAACAGCUGCUCAUGUUGUACAAUUAAACCAUUCCACAAAAUACUUAGAUAUUCUCGGUAGUAAAAUUAGAUUCUUACCAGAAGCUAGUUUUAAUGGGUUUGAACAACAGUUCAAAAUGCAAAGCCUUUCUGUCACAUUGUCUUUCUUGGUUCUUAUGGAAAGUAGCAAAAUUCACAAUGAUUUUUAGCGGUGGUAAGGUUUCACAGCAGUCUGCAACUGGCUAUAUGUUGGCUCGGUGCAAAGCCUGAAUUGCUUUUCUUUUUGGCCGCUUGCUCAGCUGAUGUUACCAAAAAGAGUGCUUUAUUACAUUUCUUUUUUACUUCUUAAGAGCUACUUUUCACAUAACUUUUUAAAAACUUGGUCAUACUUUUGAAAGCCACAUCUGUGCCUGCGGAUAUAUGGAAAAUGUAAUUUGGAAAACACUAGGUCAGAAAUCCAAAGGUCUUACGGGUGUAUUUGGCUCAGUUGCUCAGAGGUUAUAGACUCCACUGUUGGCUCUUUGGGGCGACUUUGAGCAAAACUGAGGAAUGGUAGAAGGUAUUUUGGCAAAAAUAUUGCUGGUGCAGAUUGGGCCAACAUUGCCAGAGCUUUUCACAAGAAACAGCUUAUAGCUGGGUGCUAUAGAAUAGGAAUGAUGAGGAGUGUAGUCUGUAACAUGUGGAGGGCACUGUUGGCUGUCCCUGAAAAACAAUAUACAGUGGUACUUUGGUUCCCAAACUUAAUCCGUUCCAGAAUCCAUUCCAAAACUGAAGUGUUCCAAAACCAAGCUGCGCUUUCCCAUAGAAAGUAAUGCAAAAUGGAUUAAUCCGUUCCAGACUUUUAAAAACAACCCCUAAAACAGCAAUUUAACAUGAAUUUUAUUAUCUAAUGAGACCACUGAUCCAUAAAAUGAAAACAAUAAUGUACUACAGUCACACAAUCAAUCAGUAGCUGAACUGGGUUCCACACAGUCACAAAACAAAACAACCCACAAUGAACCCCCCCCCUCAAAAGCACAAAAUAAAUAGCAAAAACAAACAGACCUCAGUGUAACAUUCAACACUGAGCACAUUCGGCUUCUGAAAAAUGUUCACGAACAGGAACACUUACUUCUGGGUUUGCAGUGUUUGGGUUUCAAGUUGUUUGAGUACCAGGGCGUUUAAGAACCAAGGUACCACUGUAAUCAUAAUUCUAAACAUAGUGCACAUACUUGAAUUAUGCAUAUAAGGACAAUAGGGCUGUCUUUUUUAAACACCUUUCAUUUUUUAAAACACUGAAAGUCUGCAGUUGCAGACUUCCAAAAGCAGUUUCCAAAAUUUACAUUUGGUCUUUUUUGGUCUGGACUUUUCAUAUACUGUCAAUGAACCUUUGUUUCAGAAAAAAACCCUCUCUGUAUAUAAUGAUCUCAUUGAAUCACAAAUGUGGUAGAAUAUUUGGUUAAUUAUUUUUCUCCUUUGUGACAGUCUUUGAAAACUAAUUCCAUAUCCUUUAGUAACAUAAACAGUUCCAUCCUUUGAUAAUAUUAGAAGCUACGUUUUCUCUUGGAGGAGGCGGUUGCAUCCUGGUAACAAUUUGUAGACAAAUUCCAGAGGCUUUAUUUUUUUUCCUGCUGCCAGUGAAUUCCUAGAAAUGAAUAUAUGCCUCCCACAAGAAAAGGUUACACAUGUUCCAUUAAUAGACUCAAAGUGCUUUUAAGGCAAAUCAUCUCUUCUUAUGGCUGUAAAGUUAACUCAUUCAGGGGUUGCCCACCUUUUUGGGCCAGUGGGCACAUUUUGAAAUUUGAGAGAGUGCUAAGGGCACCAGUCACAAAAUAGCUGCUGCUGGGAUGGGGGGUGGUUGUGGCCCAACCAUGAAAUGGCUGCUGUGAGGGGCAUGACAUAACGCAAAAUGAGAGAAAAAGCCACUUACUUUGCUGACUUCCUUGAACUGCAAAAAUGAGAGGAGGUCUCAACCAAAUGCAUAGCUAGUGAGCUCUCUUUUCGUUGGUGGGUCUGAAGCCUAGUUUAGUAUAUGAGCAGGAAUGGGGAACCAACAGCCCUCCAGAUGUUGUUGGACCACAACUUCCAUUAUCUCUGACUAUUGAUGAUGCUGACUGGGGCUGUUGGGCAUUAUACUUCAACACCUGGAGGCUGCAGUUUCUCCAUCUUACCUAAAGGAAUAAUACAGAAGAAUAUGCCACCAUCUUUCUUCACUGCUGAAAUACAUGGAAUUUCAGUUUACACAGUUUACAGCCAGGCUUUAUUAAAGAAAAGGAGGUCGUCCUGUGAACAAGAUCUAACAUAUGAUAGGAAGAGUUGGAUGAACCAAAAUCUACUCCUUAUAGUUACUAGAUACGAUGCUGUUGCAGACAGCUCUAUUCAGGGGGCUAAGGAAACAUCUGCCCUCCCUAUGAGGACACAGCAAUAAAGAACACAAGAAGAUCCCUUGUGUCCCAUCUUAGUCAUCAUCCUGUUUUCCCACAGAUCAUAUGUCUCCAGGAAGCUCGCAUAUAGGGUGUGAAGACAACAGUCUUCCCUGCUCUUGUGUCUGUACCCCAUCUUUGAAACUUGGAAGUUCUCCUUGGUUACUGUGGGGAAAUAGCCACUGAUAGGUCCAUAAUAAUAACAACGCUGAACUCCUGUAUAGCUCUUUCAAGUGUUCAGAGUGCUUCUCAAACAUGCAGUCAUUAUCCACACAACAACCAGUGAUGGGGUUCCAGUGAUGGCCCUCCAGAUGUUGAACUCAGACUCCAGUCAGCCACCAUCUGCAUAGUCAGGGAUUUGUCAAAUCCUAUUUUAAACCCAUCUGAGUUUAAGAGCUUUAGGGACAUCCUGUAACAAUGAAUUUUACACAUUUAAAUAUGCUUUUAAUGAAAUAUUGCUCCUGUUUGUCAGUCCUGCAUCUCCUGCCAAUUUCAAUGGAUAACCAUGAGUUCUUGUGUUAUGAACAUACUUCUUACUCUUAACAGUUUAUCUCCUGUACUCACUCAUGUCUAUUCUCUUUCUGGCAAACAAUUACCUCCAUUGCUGGCCUAGCAUUUCUUUUACAUUGCUGGAUUCUUUGAUGAUCCCCGUGAUGAAGGUGUUGUCAAUUUCAUGCUUUAAAGGCUUUUAAAGCCUCCUCUCAAACAUCUGAUGGACUCUGAAGAGGCUAUCAAACUCUGGCAGUCUGUAUGCUGAUUAUUAAGAUUUAAAGCAGCAAUGGUUUGGAGAGGCAGUGCAAGAAUUUAUGGACCCGUGUCACUCGGUGACUAAUCCUUCGUAGGUCUUAUGCCUAGUCUUGUUUCUGCAUAGGGCUUUGCAUAGUCAGACAUUUUCUGAGUGAGGGCUUUGGGUCAAACUAUAGAAGAAGGGCUUGUGAUCUGUAUAAGUUAUUUACAAGUUUGCAGUGCAUAUAUUUAUUUCAUGAACAAGAGUGUAAUCCUUGCCUUCUUGUUAUUAAUGAAAGGUAAUACUUUAGCAUUCAGAAGUAAAUUACUUUCUGAAUCAUGAGGUAAAGUGAAAAUGUGUAAAGAACAAUCCACCGCACCUCCGCCACGUCAGUUUGGGAGGAGGUUUGGAUUAGGCAGAGGUGUCCCUCAUCCCAGCUCUCUUAGCUGGCCUUCUGUUGUCCACUAAAUGUGAGUGAAGGAGCCAAUGGAAAGCCCUGAAAAUGGGACAUUUUGAGAGACUGGGUAGAGUUAAGCCAGUCUUGCUACCAUUGUAAUAGCACUGGGGAUCAGGGCUUAUCCUGCCUUCCAGCCACCAUGAACAGAUGUGACAGUGGUUCCAACUCUUUCCAAAGUCCUGCCAUCAGGAAAAGGGAGUUAGGAUUUCUCUUACCAUAUUGCUUGCUACUCCUUGGAAGCUUCAGAAGUGGGAAGGUCUAUUGGACAAAAAUGGGCUGGGCUCUCCAGUUGCUACACUGAUUGUUUUAAAACAAAUAGAAACUAAAACAAAGAAAAACUGGCUGCACUCUCAUUUAAUAUGAAGCAAGAUCCUGAUAAAUUUAAAUAAAUACAGCAGAACAUUUCUUCUCUCUGUUCCCCAUCUGUUUUCCCUCUCUAAUUUCUUCCAUAUUAUCUUCUUGGUAUAAACUGAGCUGUUGGGGGUUGAUACAGGUUCAUGUAGUUCAGCUGACAAUCUAAAACUUUUAAAGAAUAAUUAACAAAAUAAAUAAAUAAUGAAAUUUGACUUGCAUACCUACAGACCUACAUUGGCUCCCAGUACGUUUUCGAGCACAAUUCAAAGUGUUGGUGUUGACCUUUAAAGCCCUAAACGGCCUUGGCCCAGUAUACCUGAAGGAGCGUCUCCACCCCCAUUGUUCUGCCCGGACACUGAGGUCCAGUGCCGAGGGCCUUCUGGUGGUUCCCUCACUGCGAGAAGCAAAGCUACAGGGAACUAGGCAGAGGGCCUUCUCAGUGGUGGCACCCACCCUGUGGAAUGUCCUCCCAUCAGAUGUGAAAGAAAUAAACAACUACCUGACAUUUAGAAGACAUCUGAAGGCAGUCCUGUUCUGGGAAGUUUUUAAUGUGUGACAUUUUAAUGUAUUUUUAAUCUUUGUUGGAAGCCGCCCAGAGUGGCUGGGGAAACCCAGCCAGAUGGGCGGGGUACAAAUUAUUAUUAUUAUUAUUAUUAUUAUUACAUACAUACAAUAUAAUACAUGCAUAGGCCACAUGGCAAUGUAUUAUGGGUGGAGCCCUGAUGCUCUGUAAAUAUAUAUAUAUUUUUAUGCUGUCACUAAAAGCAGUGUCCUAUCAUAUUUGAGUAAAAUUACCUUUUCAUUCUAGAACUGUGGCAGCUGAAGUCCGGAAGCAGAUUUCAGGACAAUAUGGUGGCUCACCGCAGCUUCUCAAGAACCUUAAUAUUGGAGGCAGCAUUUCCCAUCAUACAACUGUAAGUUAUUUUUUAUAUUCAUAAGAAAGCUGAACUGGUGCAGAACAUAAACCGCUUUAAACUGGCUUUCCUAUAUGUAAGAGCAAGCAUACUUGCUGGUUUCUAGAUUGCACUCUUAGCUAUGGAUGCUGAAUGUGUGGAUACCCAAAUCUGUCUUCAAGUGUGAAGCGCAUGUCUAAGAAAACCCGAGGGCAUACCCUUUUGCAGUACUUGGAAUUGGCAAGGAGGUUUGGCCCUUUUCGGAGUGCCUUAAAGGAGCAUAUCUGUACCCGGUUUCUAGAGCCAGUGUGGUGUAGUGGUUAAGAGCGGUAGUCUCGUAAUCUGGGGAACCGGGUUCGCAUCUCCGCUCCUCCACAUGCAGCUGCUGGGUGACCUUGGGCUAGUCACACUUCUUUGAAGUCUCUCAGCCCCACUCACCUCACAGAGUGUUUGUUGUGGGGGAGGAAGGGAAAGGAGAAUGUUAGCCGCUUUGAGACUCCUUAAAGGGAGUGAAAGGCGGGAUAUCAAAUCCAAACUCUUCUUCUUCUUCUAAAUUUGGUCUUCAAAGGUGGUGGGCAUGUCUAGGAAACGAAUGUGCUUGGAUGUAUUAUUAAUUACACAAAGGAGACUGGGAUGUGUGAGUUCUUGUGCCAGAUUUUGUGUAUGUAGCGUCCCUGGGAACAGCAGCAUAACUAGGGUGAGCAAUAUGGAUUUUUGCCCAGAUGCAGCUACUUGCAGUAGGGUGUGGGAUUUGCUCGGCUGCAGACUUGGAUGCCAUCCAGAAUUCAAAACUGGCCAGGUAAAGCUCUCUUUUAAGAGAUACAUAUAAAGGGUUGUAUUCAAGAGUUCCUUCUUCAUAUUCAAGACAGCUGGAAUAGCUCAGUUGGUAGAGCACGAGUCUUUAAUCUCCGGGUCAUUGGUUUGAGGCCCAGUCUGGGCAAAAUAUUUCUGCAUUGGACUUGACCCUCGUGGUCCCUUCCAACUCUGCAAAGUCUAAGAUUCUAAGGCAUCUCCCCUGUAUUCUGGCAUUUCUCCUCCUGCUGCUGCUGCAGCCAAAAUUCUGCUGCAGCAGAAUUUUGGAGAGCUGCAGGGACUGCAGUGGGAAGAUGUAGCAGGUAAAAUCCUGUUGGACUUCCUGUCUCUUAAUUCUGGAUGCUUCCCUUCCAUAGUUAAGUGUUUUUGCUAUAUUUUUGUGGAUACAAACUUAGGGAUGUAUCCAGCAUCACAUGAGCGGAGUUCUGCUUGCACAAUGAGACUUCCCUUUCAUAACCUUUCCCAGUGUGCACCGAAAUCUGUUCUAGAGGGUUUCCUGGCCCUCUAUAGCAAAUCUUGAGGAUGCCCUGGGAGCUGCAGAGGAAAGAAGGGGAAAGCUGCUUUGCACAAUUGGAAGUAUGUGAGUGACAACACUGAAUCCCUUAUCAAUCCCCAUGCAUGACAUCAGUCUCCACUAAAGCCCUGAAAGGUUCCUGAUUAUUUAAGCUAUUGGAAACAACUUUUGAUUGUGUAAUUAUCUCUACACAAAUUUCACAAUAGCUACAUAUUCUUGGAUAUUAUUAAUCUAAAAAUAUUAAAAACAAGCAGCUGAUUCUUCAAGAUGUUCUGAACUAACUUUAGAUUAAACAGGAUUGGCUGUGAGGAAGAGUUGGAGAUGUAUUUUAAAAAUUAAAAAUAGCUGCAUAUUCAAGAGAGUGUUGCUAGUUUCCAGAAUGGCAGCACUGUUGGUGUGCUGCCUCACUUCCUCAGAAAAUUAACAGAUGGGGAUAGCUAAUGUACCCCUGACAUUUCUUGUUGAGAUAUUCAGCAAUAAAUAUUAAGGUAGAGCCAAGGAGGAUUUAAGAGAAUGGAAAACAGUGUUGUUAAACUCAUCCCAAGCUGUUAUAGGUUGUAGUUCACGUCUUGAAUACUCCCACUUACAAGUAUUCCAAAUGAACGUGGUGGCAGCAAUGCAGCAUAAUGGUUAUGCAUUGCAGCCCGUUGCCUCCCCACGCUGAGUACCUUUAAUUAUUGGCAAUUGUGUUGUGUAUUCACGCUCAGUUCGUGCAAUCUAUGACAGGGCAGUAACUCUAAUGAAUUAUCUGACUAUGCAGUGAUACGCUAGACUGCAAAUCACCUGACAGGUAAUGUAAAAGUCAUGUUGAAAUUAAAUAAAAGGUAGUGCAUUUGUUAAAUCUUGUUUCAUUUAAAUAUGAAAAGGUCAACGACUCUUACUCUUUCCUUUCAUUUCUGAGACAUUUCUUUGAACGUUUGCCAUUGCCCAAUGGGGCACUAGAAUUAGAGCAAGAUUUAUCAAGAGGGCUGGUGAGAAUUCAUUCUGCCAUCUUGUGGCACCAUCUAGAAAAAGUAUCCACUCUCUCCUUUCCAUACACCUCCGCGAGCCUAUAUAGAUAGAGAAAAGAUCAGCUGACUGGAUGAGAGAGACUUUGAGACCCAGUUAAGUCUGCAAGACAGAUAGCAAUCACAUCCCUAGGCAUUUCUGCAUCAAGCAUAACCUGUGGGGAUGCAAGCCUUGCUGAUUGGUCAUUAAUUAAUUAAAAACAAAGGCCCUUAUCAGGACUAGAUCUUUCAGCACUGAUGUAAAAUAUUUUUUGCACUCAGCUUAGACACAUCUGUAUAAGAUAGUUCCAAUUUAAAUGCCUCACUAAAUGCAAAUAGGCUUCUUAUGAACACACUCUUGGUGGCCAUCUCUGUAAAAUUGUCAUUCAGAAUACUGCUGAAAGAUAGGAUGCAGCCAAUCUGCAUAUUUAAUCUUUGCUGGUUAGUUAUAUAUUCAAUGUGUGUGUGUGCAUUGCAUAAAAGCAGGUCGGUUAAUUUCACCUUUAGGCAAGCAUCCUCAUUCCUGAGCUACUAGAGAAAAAUAGGAGGCAUAUUUUCUUUUCUUCUUUGUACUAAGUUUCCUUCCAGCACCUAGAACAGGUUUUUUCCUCUGCAGCUGUCUCCCUCUGUGCCUUGCUUGACAUUUUAUUUUCAGAAGAAAAAAAAAGCCUCAGAAUUUUGGAAUUGUGACAGCCUUUUCUCAUCAGCUGAGUUCUUCAACCAUUUUAAAUUGCCAAGAAACUAGCGCUGUUAAACCUAAAGGCACGAAAUUAUGAGUUGGCUGCUCAGAAUAAAAAUUAAAGUGCUUUGAUAACACAGUCUUCUAGACCUCAUUCCAUACUUCCAUGGCUUGUUUGGUUGGCAAACUCCUGCUAAAAGUGCAGUCCAGAGACAAUGAUGACUGGUUACAUUUUUCUUCCAUGCUGCCUUCCAAAGGGCUCAAUCAUGUGAGAUAGUGACUGACUCAGAGUCAACUAGUGUGUGUCAUGGAUAUGCAGGAAUGCAACCCUGAGCUUCCUCUCCCCUGAAGUUCAACACUGUAUGUUGACCUUCCCAACCUGUACUUUAAUUCAGCUGAACCCCAUCCAUCAUGGCAAGCGGCCAGGGGAGAUGGGAAUUGCUGUUUUUUAACAAUGUGGAGGGCACCAGGUUGGAGAAGCCUGAUCUGUCACAUGCCUAGGUCCAUUGCUGUCAUCCUUCCAGAAAUACUUAUGGAGACCUGGAGGAGGAGUUUCAACAGUGCCCAAGUGAAAAGUUACUAGCAUUAUUGCCUUGUGAUUAAUAGUGGCUGUGCGGUUGUUAGUUUUGUGAUGGUCUUUGGCUCAUUUAUGUGUUUUGUUUUUUCUUACAUUGUGUUGCUUGGGUUGUUUAAGAUUAUAAUGCUGAAUUUACUGAACAGGGGGUGACCAUUUUGUGCGUGGGUUCUGUUCCUGCCCCCAGGCAUGUUGGUGGAGCAUGUCUAAGCACCCCCGUUAACCUCUCUUUCAUGUCCAAAAGGACCUGUGUGUUAGCAGUCGCACAUCAAUUGGACAUGCCUAAAAUGAUCACUGCCUGUAUUUUGAUCUGUAUUUUGCCUAAGGUAAUUUUUUUAUGAAGCAAUUACUAAAUAAUGGUAAAAAUUAUUCUUGUCCUGUUUCUCAGCCCUACUGUUUUAUUGCAGGCAAGGCCAGAGUCUCAGUAGAAAAACUCAGAUGCCCUUAUUUCUCUGGGGAAAAUGGAAUUUAGCACAUGAGAAUCUAUGCCUUUAAGAAAAACAAAUCCAGUUAAAAAGCAAGAAUUCUAGAGGAAUUCUGGCAGGGAAAAUGGAUGUUCAACAACUUAAAUUUACCAUAUUCCCUGCUGUCAUUUUGUUUUCUUAGAAAAAGCCUGCAGUAAAAGGUGUUCUUAGCAUCAUUUACCAAAACAUCAGGAAAUCCCACCACACCCAGGAACAUUCUCCUGUAUAUUAAAAGCAGUUAUUAACAGUUUUUCCUGUGUGUUCAUCUGAGAGCCAGUGUGGUGUAGUGGUUAGGAGUGGUAGACUCGUAAUCUGGGGAACCAGGUUUGCGUCUCCGCUUCUCCACAUGCAGCUGCUGGGUGACCUUGGGCCAGUCACACUUCUCUGAAGUCUCUCAGCCCCACUCACCUCACAGAGUGUUUCUUGUGGGGGAGGAAGGGAAAGGAGAAUGUUAGCCGCUUUGAGACUCCUUAGGGUAGUGAUAAAGCGGGAUAUCAAAUCCAAACUCUUUUUCUUCUUCCCACAGCCCCGCUGUGGUGUGGUUCUUAUAAGUUACCAAUUUCCUUUCUUCACAGUAACUCCUAUGAGUUUACCAGGGAGAGCUUCAAAGGCUACACCUUUUCCCACUUGGAAGCAGCUGAAUAUCUUACAUUUAUCAAUGUUAUGCAGAUAAUAUAGACACAAUAUAGAUAAUAUAGACACAAGUGUCUUUCAAGCCUUGGCUACAUGGCCACUUAAGUAAACACCUGAAAUUUGAUUUGCCUUCCUGUAAAUGUAUGAGUAGCCAGCAGCUGUAGGGUUAAAUUUACUGUCUGUCUUCGCUGCUUAAGAACUUUAUCUGUCUUUGAAUAUAGUAGAGCAGACUUUGAUCUUCUUCAUCUAAUGCAUUAGAUUUCCCCCCUCCCUCCCUUGCUUGGUAGUACAAAUGCUGUCUUGCUGAUUGAACCAAGUAGGUCAAGCACCCAUUGUUGUUAUUUCUCUUUGACUGGCAUGUUUGCUAUUGUUCUUUAAUAGAGAAUGAAACAUGAUUUCCGGGGUUUGAAAGCCACUGGUAAAUAGAAAGACUUUCACUCCCAAAUUUUGUUAUUUUUCUGUGUCAGCACAGGUCCCUUGUAUGGGUAAAACACACUUAGGUGCUUUCACAAUUAGCUGUUUAAUCUGUGGCAUUUCAAAUUCAAAGGAUUUCUGGUUGCAGAACUAGAAAAUACUUUUUCCUUGCACCUUUAGAGAGCUGUUGUCAAUCAGCAUGACCCAACUCUGUAUAGCAGGGGUAGCCAACCUAAGGCUGGUGGGCCAGAUGCGGCCCAAUUGCCUUCUCAGUCUGGCCCGUGGACAGUCUGGGAAUCAGCGUGUUUUUACAUGAGUAGAAUGCGUGCUUUUAUUUAAAAUGCAUUUCUGGGUUAUUUGUGGGGCAUAGGAAUUUAUUCAUUUCCCCCCUCCCCCCCAAAAAAAAAUAUAGUCCGGCCCAUCACAUGGUCAGAGGGACAGUGGACCGGCCCACAGCUGAAAAAGGUUGCUGACCCCUGCUAUAUAGGGUAGUUCCUUAUGUUCAUACAUACUGUUUGACGAUACUUGCAUUUUCAGUAAGUCUGUUAUUAGAUAUUGGAGAUUUUGUGAUAUGUGCAAAUUCCAUCAAAGAUAACUCACCGUAGGUGUCACCAUAUAGGACUUUUGUAAUAGUAAUUUGGAAACUUGGAAAGAUGCAGGGCAGUUAAAACAUACUUUAAGAAAACACUCAGUUUGAUUUAAAUCUCAUUGUGCAUAAGGUAUAAAUUAAAAAAGUAAAGACAAAUUGUUUCUAAAAAAUAAAUAUUUUAUUUUUUAAAAAAGCUUGGUUUAGAAUGAAUUUUUUUUCCCUCAAAAUUUUUUGGCAUAGAUUCCAGUAUUUUGUGAGUGCCCCUUUUUGCUACAAUGUGUUAGUAAUGAUCACACAGAAUAAAAGCCACUGAAAAUAGAAUGCAGGUUGGAGCAUUUGAGAUGCUCACAGAACAAAAGGCUCUUAGACCUGUUCUUUUGAUUCACUUGCAGCACAUUUGGUUCCGCCUUGACAAAAUAGCUUGUGCAUCAACUCCCAAGACACUUUAAAAAUGAAACGGCAGUAGGAAAUACAACAGUGUUGUAUGGAUGGAAUAACAGAUAGACAUGCUUAGCUAACACAUUGCUCAUGUUGUAGCAGAUGAUACGGCAGAGAUACAGGUAGGAGAGCAAAUGGAAACAAGUGUUGGCUGGCUGAAGGAAGCACUAAAAUACUGCAAAAUACUGUGUUUGACAUCCAGGGAAGGACAAAGUCGAUAGGAAGCAGAGUUUUAUUUCCGAGCUAGUAAGGGGACAUAACAGUGAAGAAUAACAGAGCCUUAAAGACAAAACGCUUGAGCGUCCUUGUAACAGUCCAGUUAUAAACAUUUGAGACAGGGUUUUAUAAUGCAAGCACUGACAACCUUAACUCUACCUGUGCACAUUUCCCAACGGAGCCGGGUGAAGGAUAAUAGUUUAUAUAAACUCAAUCUAUCAAGCUGGUAUCUUACUUUAGUUAAGGGCUGUGUGCACAUUUAUAUAGAUAUAAUAUAUGUAUAUCUUUAGGAUGGCAGUUUCCUCAUAAGAGGUGUGAACCGCUGAAGAAGGCAGAAUGUUUAUUGCAAUUACUGGAAUAUGCCAAAGGUAGUCAUGAUGAGUGGCUCUUUGUUCUGGUGCAGCUGAUGGAGCUCUUUCCCAGUUAUUUUAAUACAGCUGUAGAAAAACACACACAGCCAAUCUGGUGUGCCUGCACAGCCCUGAUGUCAUUGCUCCCCUGUCCACAUCCAUGUAGGCUGUAGUGACUGGUGUUGGUGGGGUGGCUCCACAGCUCUGCCACACCAUUCCAUCUGCUGGUGACCAUUGCCUAAUACAUGUGUGGGGAAAAUAAGUUGGAAUCAGUUGUCAGUUAAAAUUCAGCAUGAUCUUGGCUGUCAUGACCUCCAGUGCUAGGCUAUUGCACAGUUAUAGCUGAUAGGUGUCCCUCUUCAACCCUGAUGCAUGUCUCCUCUGAAAUAAGUCCUAUUUAGUGUCUUAAGACUUGCUCUCAGGUAAGCAAGUGUAGGAUUUCAGCCUUAGGAGCUUAGCAGAUUUCCAAACUUAAUGGCCGUUGCUUCUCUAUUUUGUAAUUCUUGCACAGCUUGUUUACCUUGUGGUGACUGUACCUUGACUAGUUGAUUUUACUGUUGCAUUCAUAAAUGCAACAGUACAACGAGGACAACUUGAAGGAGUUCCAACUACUCCAGUUUCUCCCUAGGGAUGCUAUAUAGAAAUACUUUGACAUUUAAAACAGGUUUUUCAAGAAACGAGAACUAAGCUUUCAAGGCAGCUUGUUCUCAUGUCUAGGCUAAAUUGUGUUUAAACUUACAAUUUAAAUGCAUUUUUGCCCUGCUCUUUGCAGUACAGUGGUACCUUGGUUGUCAAAUUUAAUCUGUUCUGGGAGUCUGUUUGACUCCUGGAACCGUUCGAAAACCAAGGCGCAGCUUCCGAUUGGCUGCAGGAGCUUCCUGCACUCAAUUGGAAGCCGCGUCGGAUGUUCAGCUUCCAAAAAAGUUCGCAAACUGGAACACUUACUUCCGGGUUUGCGGCGUUCAGGAGCCAAGCCAUUCAACAACCAAGGUACCACUGUACGGAGUGUGUACUGAGAUUCAAACGGAUAGAGCCGCAGAAGGCUUUAUGGUAUAUGUAUUCUUACAGAGUGAUUAAAGUUGUGCCUUACCGGUUUUCCCAGUUGUAUGCUGGCAGGGUGGCACCUUGUCUCCUGUAGUUUCUGAAAGUUUUGUUGAGUUAGAUGUUUAGCCAGAAACACAAAGCAUACUUAAUAGUAUUGCAGGAAGUUAAUGCACCAAACAAAUAACAAUUGUUUGAAAUAUCCCUAUAAAGAGCAGCAUGUAUAAAAUAAGAUGUUACUUGCAGAAAUAACAAACUAUUUUCCAUAGCAAGAAUCAUAACGUUGUCAAAACUUACAUCCUAUCUGAAACAAUAUUUGGUAGGGAUAAAUUAUAUUCCCUGUGCUCACUGAUAAUAAUAAACACCAGAAGUGGUUAGACGUUAUUGAUGCUAUAACUAUUCUCCAUGGUCCAUUGACAGAAUGUUAACAAAAAUAGGGUGUGGUUGGAAUCGCAUAACAAGAGAAUGACUAAUGUCAAAGAUCGAAACAGAAGAAAAAAUAUUUAAGAGGAAUUGUUGACCAAAACGCAUUAUCUGAGGUCAUGUUCAUGUGACCUUUGGGUGUGUAGUAGCUACAAAAGAAAAUAUUUUAAAAUAGAGGUAUUCUGUCUCUUGGUGAGACUGGUAGGGUUGUAUGCAUCUGCUGCGAUGUUCAAAAGCCAACUUUUGGCAUACCUUCAUAAAUGCAUAUUUUUGGUGGUAUCCUAAGAGCUGGAUUUUCUGAUGUAUGACAGCGGAUGCACUGUUGAUUGUAAAAUGACAUAGGUGAGCGUGUGCCAGAUUUUCUUGUAGUAGGAAAUGUUGGUAUGAAUAGGCCCUGCAACUGAAACAAGAAGAAUUUAACUCAAAAGAAUCAAUUUCACUUUCUUCUUCUUCUUAUAUAGCUUGCCUGGGAGCAUUGUUGCCUGUUACACGUUAGUCCUGUUUCUCUGCUUUUAUAUGGGCUUUCAAUUUUUACAGUGAAAAUAAUGAUACCUUCGCCAAUGUUCCUUUGAAAAAGCACUUGAAAGCUUGACUGGCACAAUAUCCUAUGUCCUGAUAUGGCUUAUUGAGGAAAGGUCAUAACAUUGUUUUCUUAAUAGGAACUGGCAACCUGUUCAUCAGGAGGGCGGUGCCAACAAAUCCCUUAUAGCCAGAAAGGAGAUAGGUUGACCUUCCAAAGCUUGCUUUCUCCGCCUUUCCACCAUAAAAUGCCAGAGUUUAAAAUAAUGCGUUUGUCUUUCAUCUGCCAAUAAGCUGACACAAACUAGUUCCUCUUCAUAACCAAGAAUUUAUGUUUUGCCUGUUUACUCAGGUGUUAGGCAGUAUUUCUGACUGCACAGAUGGCGAGGCUAAUGUUGGCUUCUGGGUUUGACAUUUAUGUUUGUUUACAUCUUCAUGCUAUAAUAGUCUACUGAAGAGGUGUAGGGACAAAAAUGUGAAUGCCUUACCUGAUUCUGGAUGCUGAUGAGCUCCUGUAGCCGUUGUUGACAUCAGUUCUCAUUAUGAAGUUCCUGGAAUGUGUUGGCAGUUUUACUUCCAUUUCAUAAAAGGAAAGACAUUACUUGAAUAAGGACGUUUGUGAACACUCUGCACCUAAAAUAGAAACAUUAUUGUUUUAACUCUUAUUGUUUUAACAUUAUUGCUCUAAUCAUGUCUACCUUGGCUCCCAGUACUUUCCCCCCACAGAUUGUUCUAGCCUUUUUGAGUCAUACUCUCUUUCCCUAUAAGCAAAUCAAAAAUUUAAUGUGUGCAUUUGCCUUGGAAUAUGGCUGGCCCAUAUUUAGUCAUGUAUCACCCAGUGGCCUGUGCUGAACUAUUUUAUAUACUGUGUCCUCUCCAGAUGUUUUGACCUACAAUUUCCACCAGUGGCCAAUGCCAUACUGGCAGGUGAGGGUGGGGUAAUGGAAGUUGUAGUUGAAAACAUCUGGAGGGUACCAGAUCAGAUCAGAGAAGUCUGUACAAUGUCAUGAGAACAUGUGCAUUGUGGUGUAUAAAGUACUGAGUGUCCUUGGAGAAUCUCUCAGCCAGCAGUGGUGGGAGGGGCUGCAUUGCUUACAUGACCUCCUGUCACUGCCAUUGGUCUGGCAUAUCAGGAGCAUGAAGGGGAGAGAUUGGCAUGAUGCAAAUACACUAGCAGGAGCUCUGGAUUGGCUCUGCUGGUGCGUUUGCACUCCACCAGCCUUGCUGCCUCCUCACCCCUUGCCUUUGUCUUCCCAGUACGCUGCAGGAAUGGCAGUGUUGGGAGGUCAGGUAAGAAGCUGAGCAAGCCUCUACUGCUCUUAGCCUAUCAUUCUUCACCUACCAUAUUUUGUUGUAAAAUAAGGCACCCUGUAUAUGGUUUUCUCGGCAGGAAUUGAUUCAAAUUGAUGGAGAAAUAAUAAAUACAGUUGCCCCACAAUCACCGUGAUGCAUGAUGAUAAUUUAUACUUUAUUUUGUGAAGGAUGACGGUGUGCUGGGAGGGGCAGCCAGUCUAUAAUUAGAAAUAUCUUUUCCUCUUUUAGUGAAGAUGAGGAUUUGAAAAAAAACAACCAAAUACAGCACAUUACCUGCCCACAUCAGUUUGUGCUCAGUUUAAAAGUGUGUCCCAUUUAUUUUCUUCCCUGUCUGUGUAGCUGAUUAUCUCUGUGUUUCUUUCACAUACAGUUUAACACUUAGGUCUUCGUAGGGUUGUAGGGUACUCUUGCUUUGCUGCACCACAGUGGCACACCAAAUUUGUGCUUUCCCUCCAGCUUCCUUCAACAGCAGAACAUAGCAAUUUAGAGGGCUAGGAUGCUACUGAUUAUGGUGAUCACAUGUUGUGGAGAGAGAGAGAGGGUGUUCCUGUUGGGAACAAUGUUUUUGCAUGGGAAAAGGGAGGGGGACCAUUUCAGAUGUUGAAAUCACAUGGUGAAUUUGGGCAAAGGCAACAGAAUCUAUCCCACAGGCAAUGUAUGUCACCAUAUCACCAGUUCAGAAUGAAUAUAUCCAUUCAGUGUUUCUGGGAGGCAGGGCAAAUGUGUUUCACUUUGAACACAUCAGCAGCUUACUCUAAUCUCAAAUGACCAAGAAUUGGUACCUAAAAGUAUUUUUAGCAUUUUAGUCUUUGGCAUGAUUGAACCGGAGAUAUUGUAUUUGUAGAACUGCUGACCUUCUGGCCUCUCUCCUUAUGGGAGUGCAACUAUUGCCUCUAUUCUUCUCUCUUUAAAGUGUUGCACUGAAGCUAUGCCUAUAAAGUGUUUGUCUGUCUCAAAGCUCUUAGAGACCAGUGCUCUGCUUAUUUGAGAAUAUGGUGACACAAAGUGUUGAUUCAUGUAAGCAAAUGCAGAGGCUGCGUUUUGACAUCAUGCUGAACUAUAGCUUGACAGAAUGUGAAUGGGGCUAGGCAGGCGUUGAGUUCAUGCUCCCUGCCAUCCCAUUCCCAUUGACAAACUGUGCCUACUGGUUUGUGUGGUAUGGUUUGUGUGAAACAAGCCAACUUGAAUUAUCUGUUUGGAGCAAAAAAAAUGGAAGCUUCCAAGCUGCUCCUUGCAGCCGUACCAGGGCAAUAUGGUUUAGCAUGACAUUCAAACACAGUUGCAGAUUGGGAUAUCAAACCCUCUUGACCUAGGACCAAAUCCUGACUUUCUAAGGGGCAACCAAGCUUUAUGCAUUGUUUGGUCAGCCAUCCCUUCUUAGCUUAAGGUGAUUCUCUUCAGAAUUCCAGCUUCAUAUGAAGAGUAUUGCUGUUUCCCAUAAUCACUGCUUGACCGUGACUGGGAGGUCUAUAUUGUUUAUACUGUUUGUUUAUGUGUGUAUUAGGCUUUGUAGGGUUUAUUUUGAAGUCUUCAGCCACUCAAUAACCAGCCUAUCAAUCUGAACCAUUUUGCUUGAGCACCUUUCCCCCUUUCUUUUGCAAAAAGCAAGUUUACUAAUUCAGUCUUAACUUUGCAGCCCUGUAUGAGAAGGAAGGUCAGAUCAAAGGCUUUGCUUUGCAUUUGGAAUUGAUUUUGAAAGUAAUGGAGGUGUUGCCUUGGAGGCUUUGCUAAACGCUGACAUAGCAGCUAAGGCAGUACUCAGGUUUUCAUGACUUGGUGAUGCCUAAGGGUGGAAAUGUCUCUCUCCUGAGUCACCUUGAUGAUUUUUGCUUAGGCUUGUAGUAUAAUGGAAAGCGACACAGCCCUGUAAAGUAUAAAACCAAUGCAUUUGUAGCACUCAUUUGCUAGAAUUGGACUGAGUGUAGCAUUGCUUUGUUUCAAGAAAAUGAAAGACUCAGAAUAAGAAGGCAAUUAUUUUUGACCUACUUCUGUAAGUUCCAUAGAGUUUGUUUUGGACCAGAAUGUAGAACCUGGGCAUGUGCAACAUAAGAAGAUGCCUUAUAAAGAAUCUGACCAUCGGUCCAUCAAACUUAGUAAUGUCUACUCUGACUGGCAGCUGCACUCUAGCAUUUCAAGCGGAGGUCUUUCCCAGAUGGGGAUUGAACCUGGGACCUUGUGCAUUCAAAAAGCAUGUGCUCUGCCACUGAGCCACAGCCUUUCCUGUGAACAGAAUUUGUUUAAUUCACUUCUGUGAAACCCUUCAGUAGAAAUAUUCUCAGGGAGUCUCACAUACUUCACAAAAGUGAAGGAUUAAAGCAACAACGAAGCUAAAAAGGUUAAGGCAGUGAAUAAAACAAGCAAUAGUAAAAAACAAAAACAAACCAUCACUCUUUAGAUUUAUGAGUAGGUGGCAGUCAAAUCUCCCUAGGAAGACUGUUUCAUUGAGGAGGUGAAUCAAGUUCCCAUCCCAGUCAUAUCACCUGGAUGAGGGUUUCUGAUAAUGAUUUUCAGGGAGAUUGGUGUGGAAGUAGGCAUUCCUUCAGAUACCUACACCCAAUUCCUGGGCCACAGAGUAACCUCCCUGUAGCUGUCUUGUGAAUAUUAUGUUCCAAUUGGCAUGUCCCCUGUGAAGUUUGGACCAUCUGUUUCCUUUCACCAGGCAGAAGAUGAUAAUAUAGUGCACACCAAGUGUUGGACCAGGAUCUCCAGAUUCCUUGCAUAAUUGUAGCUCACGUUUUGUCUGUCCCCAAAAUGAGCCAUUAAGUUAUGAUGAUGAUGGGCGCGAGCUUCAAUAAAAUUAGGUGCUGGCUUUCACAGGGUCCGUUAUCCAUCAUGAGCCAGGCAUAAUAAUAAGACUUGAGAAUAUUCAAAGAGUUCUGUAUAUGUGUAUUAUUACCCCCAGAUUGCAGACAGGGGUGGGACUGUGACUGAGAGGAUAAUGGUCUGUGAAAGGUCACCUAGCAAAUUCAUGGCUGAUCUGAGACCUGAACCAACUACUCCCCAGCUCAUAUCUCACUCCUCUUAGCCACUGUGCUACAUCACACCACAUUUGGGAGGAGAGGACAGAACUCCUGGAACUAGCCUCUAUAAGAAGAGUAAACUCUGAAACUGGAAACCCUUUAUUUGGUGAGGCUGAUCCAUUGUUUGCUGAAUCCUCUGCUCUGACAUUGCACUGCUCCUGCUGGUAGUCUACUUACAAAAUCUCUUAAAUUCACAAGAAAGCGGGAAGCUGGGGCUCAUCAACCUGGGAAGAAGAGAAGGAGAAGGAAGACUCUGAUCCUAAACCUCUGCUGCCUUGUGGGAUAUCUUCCGAAGAAGAAAAGGCUGAGGAGUAAACCCUACUACAAAAAUCCAGAGGGGAGUGCCAAAGUUGGUGCCUUGUACCCCUCCUUUCAGCAACUUCUGCAGCCAAGCUGGUGCCAAACGUAUUUCUCUGCUUGUCUUUGGGCCACAUCAGCAAGGCUCAAAUAGUAUGUGUGUGUUGUUUUCUGGGCAGCCCAGGACCUCCAUACACACCGCCCAGGCUAGUGCCCUGGGAAGGCACUUGGGUGCUGCUAACACAGCAGUUUGACGAGGUCAAAGGUAUACUUCAUUGUCUUUUGAGAUACAAGAAAGCACAGGAAAGCAACUUGCAUACCAUCUUGAAGGGCAUAAAACUUGUGCCUUUGCAACACAUGAGCUAAAUAGCAUGACUAAUUUCUGCAGGAUAUAUGUGCAGAACAGUUUGUUUUUGCUUUAGUUACUACAUUUAUAUCCUGCCUUUCUUCCAUGAUUGAAAUUAAUGCAGUUUACAUGGGGUUCUUCCACUAAGGCACUGACAAGAGCCACACCUUGGCUUCAGCAAGAUGCCUCUUCAGAACAGGCUCUGAGAUUUUGAUUUGAUGUUGUUGAUAUCCCAUCUUCUAGUCCAUGUGCUUUUAUGGGGAUGACUGUUGAGCCUAGCAAGGACUUGAUGGUCUGCAUGGCUGUCUAGCUGUUUUCUGUGGGAGUGGUGACUGAGGGCUAUUACUACAGGAGAUAAAUGUUUUUCCCAGUGAGGGAACAAAGCAGUUACCAUCUGGAUGUGUCUGUACUUGUGAUUUUGGCCUGGAAACCUUAACAUCUAAUGAAAUUGGCAGUCCUGUAUAUUUCUGGGCAGGCUUAGAUAUUGAUAUUUUUCAGCUGCAGAGGAAAACAAAAUAUGCAGAGCGGGGAAAUUAAGUACAGAUCUAUUUAUUUUAAAAUAGCCAAAUGUUGACACUUUUAGUAUAACUUUUCUUUAUCUUCAUAGGUGCCUCUUACUGAGCCUGUGGAUCCAGUGGAUUUGGAAGAAUACCUCCUUACACAUCCACUUGCAGUGGAUUGCGGCCCUUUGAGAGACUUGCUUGAAUUUCCUUUGGACGAUAUUGAAGUUAUCUACAGUCCUCGAGAAUGCAGAACGAUUGUGUCAGCAGUACCCGAAGAGAGGUAAGGGCUAACCAACAGAAACCAUGGCCCAUACUUGCAGCUGAGCAGGUAUGGGAGAUGGCCUGGCUGAAGCCAUUAACAGGAGUUGGACUUUUUUAUCCCCAUAUUCUUCUCUUCCUUCGCCACUCAAAACUAUACACUGGAGCCAGGACAGCUUUGAGAGCAAAGAAAGCACAAGUUAUACAGGUACAGAGAGAUGGCAGUGGUGGCAGAAUCAGAGUGUGGGGCAUUGAGAAGGGAACUGUACCCCUUGAAAUUCUCAGUUGAUCUGAGAAGCAAAGGGAAAGAAAGUGAAUUGACUGCGAGUCUAAAAAGCAGAGGCCCUGUGUCACAUGUACCAUAUUUUUUGCUCUAUAAGAUGCACCAGACCAUAAGACGCACCUAGUUUUUGGAAGAGGAAAACAAGAAAAAAAUAUUCUGAAUCCCAGAAGCCAGGACAGCAAGCGGGAUCGCUGCGCAGCGAUCCCGCUUUCUGUCCUGGCUUAUGGGAUAGCCGCACACAGCCUCUCCUGGGCAGCAGGAUGAAGGCUCCCACUGCCCGGGAGAGGCUGCGCGCGGCUAAAGCUCCCCCAAGAACCGUGCUCCCUUUAAAGAGCGCACGGAGUGUGUGUGCAGCUCUUUAAAGGGAGCGCUGAGCUGAGCCUCUCACUUGCAUUCACUCCAUAAGAUGUGAACACAUUUCCCCUUUUUAUAGAGCGAAAAAUACGGUAACUUAUGACAUAAAGGUGGAGAAAGCACGUUAAUAAACAUUGAAUGAAGGAAAGUGGGGCAACCUGUAUGCACUUGUGAUGACUGGAAAUGUAGCAGAUGUUUACAGCUGUAUUUAUUACAGUGGUACCUUGGUUCCCGAACUUAAUCCAUUCCAGAAGUCAGUUCGACUCCUGAAACCAUUUGAAAAACAAGGCAUGGCUUCUGAUUGGCUGCAGGAGCUUCCUGCACUCAAGCGGAAGCUGCGCUGGAUGUUCAGCUUCCGAAAAACGUUCACAGACUGGAACACUUACUUCCAGGUUUGUGGUGUUUGGAAGCCAAUUUGUUCGGCAACUAAGCCGUUCAGGAACCAAGGUUCCACUGUACUGGGGUAUUAAAUGGUAGUUCAGCCUGUCAGUCUAAAAUGAAAUAAGAUGUUUGUGAUUUGAAGAGACCAUUUACAGUUAUUUCUCCCUCUCUAUAGUGAAAUGGACCCUCACGUGAGGGAUUGCGUAAGAAGUUACACAGAAGACUGGGCCAUUGUGAACAGAAAGUAAGUUGUGUAUUUAAAGUUAUAUAUUUGAAGAGAUGCCCUUCAGCUGUGUGUGUUGGGCGGGGGGACUGAUUUUCAGAAUGCAGUUGCUGUAGCUAUCAAUAACUAUUCAGAGCCGAUGUAAGACCGUACUGCUAUUUUAGUUAUCACUUUUAGGCAGGUGCCCUUAAGGAUAACUUCCUGAAAAGGGGGAGACAACUUUUGUGAAUGCGUUGGAGGGAAUAAUGGAGAAAGUAUGAGUCACCUAUUCAUAUUCUUUUCCCCCACCUUUUUGCUGUGGAUACUUAUAGGAAGCAAGUUAGAUGAAAGGGCUUGCCGUAUGCAGUCAAGAUGUUUGCAAUGGAGCAGUUCAGCAGUCAGUGGGAUGACUCAUAAAUCGUGUCAGAAUAGAGCCUUUUUGCGUGAGACUAGAGUAUAUGCCAAGCUCACUUGUCCUCCCAGCGCUUUUGUAAUCACUUGGUAAAACCACUAUUAACUACUCAAACGAUUUAUAUAAUUAGGUAGAAAAGAAAAUGCCAAGAUGAGGAAUAAAACGAAUAAGAAAAUAAUAAUAAUAGUGGAAAAGGUUGAUAACAAGAAAUGGAAGGCGGUAGGAAAUAACCCUCUUUCGAUGGUGCAGGAGUGUCAUUUUCUCUGUGUGCAGGUUCAGAUUAUCAUUCACAAGUUUAUGAACUGUGGUUUAUGAGUCUAGGAAUAGGCAUUGGGGCAGAGGGCUCCUCGCUCACCCUUCCUCCCCUCCCCUUGUGUGACAACUUUGACACUUCAUUCCUGGCUUUGUGUUAAGCCACAGUUCCCUUUAUAUCUGAACUGGGGUAAUUCUGGCUGAACGUCAGUUAACAAACCAGGCUAACAGGUCAGGUUUAGAAGGAGGUAGACAAGAUGGUGUUUGCCAGUUUUGGCCGCCGCUGUUUCUCAUCUGGUUCUGCCUUUAUAGUAGAGCACAAUAUUUGUACACUGCCUAGAGAAAUUUUGCCCUCCAUGCUGACUGGGACUGAGGGGAAGCUGUACUCCAGUACAUCUGAAGGGCACCAGGAAGGUGAAGGCUGACGUAGAGCGAUGCUGAUAAAAUAUGGAAUGUUUUAAAAGUAAAAUUAUCUAGUAGCAAUGUUAAAUAUGUUAAUGUUAUUGGGCCUUCUCAGGCAUAUCAGGCAAUCCUAGCCAGACAGCCCUAUUACGAGCAAUCUAUUCCAUUUGGCAACCCCUUGUGUUCUGUGUCAUGUCUGGUUCCACCCAUAAGCCUUUUGUCCCCCACCCUUCUUUGCAGUCAGAAUGCAGACUGCAGUGAGACAGGAGAGUGCUGUCAGCUUCUCAGGAGGCCAGAAUAAAUGUACAUAUUUCCCAAGAGUUGUCAUUAGUAGUCCCAGUAAUGCGCUCUUCAGAUGUGCAGGUGAAAUAGAGGAGGAAGGGCAGAGAGUUGUCACAUACCCAUCAAGAUCACAUACAGAAAGAAUAAUUUUAAUUUGGCUUCCGGGAAAAUGGUAACACCUUGAGGAUGGGCAACUCUGAGAAUAAUAGGCAAGAAUGAUUGCAAUAUUGCAACUGCCUUGAUUGUCAGAACACAUAUGGGUUUAUCCCAAUAUAGCCAGCACUGCUGACAGACACUGUUGUCUGCUAUAAUAAUGGUGGCUCCUGGACAUUUACCUUUGGAGCUUUCUGAUUUAUAUACUAGAGCAGGAUUUGAGAAUUUGUGUUCCUCCAGAUGUUAUUGGACUUCAACUCCGUUAAGCCCCAUCAAGCAUGGCCAAUAGUCAGGAGAGAUGGGAGUUGUAAUUCAGCAACAUACAUAGUAGGCAUGGAAACCUUUGGCGCUCCAGAUGUUGCUGGACUACAGCUCCCAUCAUCCCUAGCAAGCACAGCCAGGGAUGAUGGGAGUUGUAGUACAGCAACAACUGGAGAGCCAGAGAUUACCCUCACCUGCUCUAAAGUUUCAGCAGCCUUUGUCAGAUGAUCUGUACCAAUAUUACUGAGAGCCAGUUCAUGCACAAUGCCUGUGUAUACAGAUUAGACAUUUUUUAUGGUGUGGAGAAAGUGAAUCGAUCUCAUUAAAAAAAGAAUUAUAUGGGCCUUUGGUCUCAUCCACCAGGGCUCUUCCUGUAUUCUGAUUAAAAGCCACUGAGUUGCAACGAUAGAAUACGGUAGAUGGGCUAAACAUCAAAUUGAUACAGUAGCCUUUAUAAUAGUCAAAGACAGUGGUUCCCAACUGGUGGUCCAUGGAACCCAGGAGGUCCGUGGCACCAUUCACGUAACAAAAACUACCAUAGAGGUAUCACAAAUUUCAAAAGUAGAGGGUCCAUGGCUUGGCUUUUGAAAAACAGGGGGUCCGCAGUAGUUAGAUAAUUGGGAACCACUGGUCAAUAAGACCCUGAAAACAGCCAUGCUAAAACAAGCAAAUAAACAAAUAAAUGCUGUCAUACUUGGAUUGCUUAUAAAAAAUACUUAGUGAUUUAAUGAGGUGAAGGAUACAGUCUACUAGGACAAAUUGUUUGCAUUUAGCUACAUCGUGGUACACUUCAAGUAUUCCAUUGCUGAUCGACGGGUGCUUAUGCUUAUAGGAUUAUAUGGUCACAGCAGGAGUCAUUUCUUAUUGCAACCAGGAAAAGUAACCAGUAUGAGUUGAUUUUUAAGGCUGCAAGUCUAAAUAUCCUACACUGGAAUCAACACCUGCAGUCAAAGAAGAGAAAAUGCUGUUUUCAAAAAUUCCUGUUACAGAACUUGAUGGACAGCAUGAUGCUGUCAAGAGUAGCAAAAAGUAUUUUCUGGGGAGGGCAUUAAGCUUUCAGAUAUUGCUCACCAUUUCUGCUUGGUUUUGUAGAGGAGAGUCAUUGCUUAAUACAAUCUGUUUUUGAAUAGAUAUCACAAACUGGGAACAGGAUUUAACCCCAACACAUUAGACAAACAGAAGGAGAGGCAAAAAGGCCUACCCAAACAGAUAUUUGAGUCUGAUGAAGCUCCGGAUGGCAACAAUUACCAGGAUGAACAAGUAGGUGCUUUAUGAAGCCUGCAUCUUAAAAAAAAAAAAAUUCACUGUGUUAAAAAUACAUGUGACAUUUUCCAUAUUUCACUUUACAUGUUUGGUUUAAUUUCUUCAAUCUCAGGAUGAUCUUAAAAGACGGUCCAUGUCAAUUGAUGACACGCCACGGGGCAGUUGGGCUUGCAGUAUUUUUGACUUGAAAAACUCCCUCCCAGAUGCUUUGCUUCCAAAUCUUCUGGAUAGGACCCCAAAUGAAGAAAUCGACCAUCAAAAUGAUGAACAGAGAAAGUCCAACAGACACAAGGAACUUUUUGCAUUGCAUCCAGCCCCAGAUGAGGUAUUGUGAGCUUAACUGAGACCUGUUAAUACUAGCACAAAGCACACAUAAGUGCCAGGUCCACCUCUGUAGCCAGAUAGUGAGUGCUGGUCUAUUAUAGUUGGAAUAUAUAUAUAUAUAUAUAUAUAUAUAUAUAUAUAUAUGUAUAUCGACUUGAAUUUCAGAAGUCAUUAAAAUGAGAUGGGGAGGGAGAAGAUAGAGGCUAAAUAGCAUGAUGUUCUGCCAUAACUUGUUGGGUUUGUAGGCCUGUAGGGCCACAGCCGUCUUAAGUGGGAUGAAUUUGAUGAGUCUACUUUAUUUAUGACUAAUGUUGAAUACCAGUCCUAGACUUUCGACAGCGGUGUUUGCCAGCUUUUGUAGAAAGUGUACAGGGGAGUGGAGGAGCCAAAGAUUUUAAAGGGAUUGACCCUAAGAUUGUAUUUGCUUUUGUUUCCAUGCGACUGCUGCCAAAGCAGCCUGUGAUUAAAGCACAAAUCUGGACUUUUGGAUCAUCUCUUUCCAAGGAAUUUUCUUACAGAACUCCAAUCCUUUAUUCAGUAGCUCUCCUAAAUUAAACCCCUUCAGUGUUAUUUAUAGUUGCAGCAAAAGCCACACGCUGUUAAGCUUGAAGAUUAAUUUGUAUUGAAUAGGAGGGGAGGAAAUCUACUUUGCCUUCUUUAGCCAUUUAACAAUACACUUUGUUUGUGGAAGGAGUGCAUGCAUUACUUGCUGGAUUUGUGCCCGAUUGCAGGAAGAACCAAUAGAAAGACUGGGCAUCCCUGAAAUCCCCAAGGAACACUUUGGUCAGAGGCUUCUUGUGAAGUGUUUGUCUUUAAAGUAAGUAAUACAGUUGUUGUUAAUUUUUAAAAAAUUAUGCAUGCUUACAUUUGAUCUGUCAAAUCAGUGCACCUUGUAUGAUAAUAAUUGGGACCGAUAGAACUACCAAGACACCAUUAAUUUUUCAAAUUCUACAUUGAGCACCUUAAUGUGCAAAGAGGGCACUAAGUCAAUUAAAUAUUCCCAUCGUACAUUCAAAACGCUGGAAAUAAUGAUAAAAUAAGCUUGCCAGAAUAUUCAAACCUAGUCAUGCUUUUGUAAAAUGGUAUGUACUAUAGAAUCAUAGAAUUGUAGAGUUGGAAGGGGCCAUUAGGGUAAUUUAGUUCAAUCCCCUGCAAAGCAGGGAACUUUUGCCCAACGUGGGGGUCAAACCCACGGCCCUGAGUUUUAGGAGUCUCAUGCUCUACCAGUUGAGCUACAAGGCAACAAACCCGUACAUUAAAGUGGUAUUGAGUGCAAGAAAGUGAAGUGCUCAUUUAAUGAAGGGAUGUGGGAUUUUGAGGUCCAUUAAAAUAAAUAAAUAAAGAUUGGGCCAGAUGUAUUUCCCUUGGGAGAAAAUUUAAUGGGAUCAUCACUACUUGAAAGGGCCCACAAAUUGAACUUGAUGGUAGACCCACAGGCAGCACCUUUGAGGGUGAUGUUAAGGCCUGAGUAAGUGCAUAUGAGUUCAGGUCGACUUUCAUGUAACCUGUCCCUAAACUGUUUAGGGCUUUAAAAGUCAACACUAGCACUUUCAAUUGAUCCAGAAACACACAGGCAGCCAAUGCAACUGGUACAAUAAAGACGUAAUGUCUGCAAAGUCUCACUUCAUAGCAGAGACACAAUUCCUUCCCUCAUCCUGUUUACAUCUGGCUUUCAUCCCACAAACAGAGGACAAUUGGCUAAAAACAACAUGAUUGAUGUAGCUUUUUUUUUUUUUUGAGAUGAGAUUUUACACCAGCAGUCAGACAACUGAUUCAGUAAGACAAAGUUGAGUCUUUAAAUCCAUGGCUGCCUCUUUAAGACUUGAGGCAGUUAGCAAAGCUUUCACUGGGGAGAAGAGAAACCUGUUAAACAAGUUUAAUGAAGUGGAGCUCCUGAAUGUAGGGUUACCUGCAGCUGGUUCAUUGCCUAUAACUCUUCUCUAAUAACACGAGGUAAAAUUUUACUGGUAUUCCCUUAGAGAAAUAAAGCACAAAACUGAUUUUCCACAUGGCUGUAUUCAUCUUGUGUGUCCUCACUUAGGUCAACCCUUCUUGUUAGGGAGCUCCAGUUAGACUAGAGUGCCUCUCGUAACUGAGAUAUAUGUUGGAAUUGCUUCCUAGAGGAGAGCUGCUUUUAAGCCCUGACACUAAUCCAGAUGAUUCCAUGGCAUAGCCUUUUACAGGGUGUUGUACCAGAAUGCAGUUCCCAGGAGAACUCCUGUACAGUGAAUGGCUAUAUAAAAAACAAAUUACAGCAGUUAAUUAAGAUUUUCCUUUUACAGAAACCUCUUCAUAUUAGAUCUGAGGAAAUGAUGUUUGUCUUUAUUGUACAGAGUUCAUGUUUAUCUUGUGCUCUUUUUUUAAAAAAAAAGAAUGAGAAUUGUGUUUAGUGCCUGGAAGGACAAAUAUGUAUAUCGUUUUUAUAGUUUUAGGAGCUUUAAGCCCACAUGCUCAAAACUGAAUUCUGAUGUUUUAUUUGCUUCUGAGAUUUUAGUCCUUCAUCAUUCAACAAAGUCCAUUAUAAAUGAAGUAAUAUAAAAAUACAAUAAUUAGCUUUAAUAAUAGCAAGUGUAAAAGAGCCAAGUACAUUACAGGUAUUGAUAAACAAACUAGCAGUUACAAGACAGUGAAGAGUCAUAUACACCAGCAGAUUCUUUCAGGUGUUACAGAAAAAUAUCCCAGACAAGGUCAGAGUAUAUCACAAUGUCUAAAAGUUAUGUUCUGCCAUCUGUUCAAAAAAUUGUGGUGAGCAAUUAUUGAAAUGAAUGGGACUUGCUUUUGAGCAGAAGUGUUUUGAAGGCAGUCUUUAUUAGCUAAUAGCCAUUGUUUAACUGGCAAUAGGUACCAUUAGUGGCAAGAGAGGGACAGUUUUGAGACUUACAGUUCUUUGUUCUCUGCUGCCAGUGAUAGAAAGAUAGAAGCCAUGGUGAACAGUUGAUUGAUACAAAAGACAUAAUCUCAUUGAUCUCCGUGGAGUAAAUUAAUUAAUUCUGGUAUUGGCAGCUUUGGAGAACUGCAUUUAAACGAGAUAAAGCUAUUUGUGAUUAACACCCUGCUUCUAAACACUUUAUGCAGAAGGACUGUUGAGUUUAGCUCAACAGUUGCAAAUAAUGGGCUUAGGGUAGGGCUUUGACCCAGUUUGCUGUCCAUUCCCAUUCACGCCUAAGCGCUAAACAACUUCUCCCACUGAUUUCAUUAGAAGUCUGUUUAAGAUUAUGACCUGAGAUCUCGUAAUACACAGCAGAUUUUAAAAGGUUUAUGAAUAGCAAUAUACAAAAGUGCAUAAGCUGCUGCUGUGCAAUCAAACUGGCUGACAACCUGUUUUAAACACCAGCAUAUUUCGGAUGAGGCACGUCAGCUGGUGCUGCUGAUUAGGCCCCAUGUAGGUUUGGGCUUUGCAGGACUGCCUCUAGAUGGCACAACUGUUAAAUAGAGUCAGUAGUAUGUGUUUCCCAGAAGUUGUGAACUGCCCUGUGAUCUUCAGAUGAAGGGUGGUAUACAAAUUCAAAAAAUCAUCAUCAUCUGACAAGUUUGUCUGGUGCAGUAUUGCUGAAAGUGACAGAUAGUGACUCUCCAGGGCUUCAGACAGGAAUCUUUCUGAGUCAUACCUUGGAGACAGCAGGGAUUGAACCUGUGUCCUUUUGGUAUGCAGAACAUGUAUUUUACCCCUGAGCUAUGGCAUCCUAAAGUUGUUUCUAGGGAGCCACACAGCUGCAGUAGUGCAGUUUCAGUUGGGAAAUAACCUUGUUGCUGUUUGGUUGUGUAUAAAACUGAAAAAAUCUAAGAAAUAGAGCUAAACUUUCUUUCUCCUUUAAGAUUUGAAAUUGAAAUAGAGCCGAUUUUUGCAAGUUUGGCAUUGUACGACGUUAAGGAAAAGAAAAAGGUGAGUUAUCUGCUUGAUGCUUGCUUCCUUUGCAUGGUGUUUGAGCAGCAUGCAGUAAGACGUAGGUGGUAACAGCAGCUCUCUGCUUAACAGCACCUGAAGUCUUCACUGGAAUACUGCGUUUUUUCAAAAUUACAUUGAGAAAUAGAAAGUAGAACAGAAGGAACUGAAAGUACUAUAAAAAGCAAACCCUGUAAAGAAUGGUGGAGGUUGCUGGAUAAAAUAAACUAUUUUACAGGUUGCCUGAUUAUUUUGUUUAUUUAUUCACAGUAUUUAGGAUAUUUCUAGAAUGCCCUUUUUUGAAAAGAGCUCAGGAUGGUGUACAUCAGCCCAAAUAGGCAAAACACAGUGAACAUAACUAAAAACAUCUGAUUCCAGCAGGGAGAGUGAAACUUGAUGGGCCCUUGAGUUUGUUCCACUUCUAUAUAUUUUUUUUAUUGCAAUAGAAAAAUAAAUGAAAUAAAACCGAAUAAAGUUUAGGAAGCAAUGUAAAACAGCAAGGAAGUGAAGAAAUAAUGAGAAGCAGCAAGCGGAGAGGGUGGGCUUGUGUUUUUGUUUUUUUCAAUGCCUCAGUGGAGGAAAAGAAAACAUGAAGAGAGUGAAAGCAAAUGAAGACAACACAAUGCAAAGAAGGAGGAGUACAAAGAGAAAAGAAAACCUAACUGAAUAUAAGGGAAACAGUGAGGGGGGGGGGAGUGAACUGCUCUGUCAAGGCAGGAGGGAAAAUCUGAGGAGAUUCAGCCAGCUUCCCACAAUUCUUUGCUCCUGCCUCAGUCACGUGCAGAGGAACUACACUAUCAUUUUAAGAAGCUAGAAUUAUGGAUGGAAAGUUCCCACUUCAAUCCAAAUUAUAUUUCCUUAUGAGAGGGCUUCAUUGACAUGCCUGACAGCUGUUGGGUACUAGUAUCUGUAUUUUGGGCCUGAGGUGAGAAGGGUGUUGGAGCAGGACCAUUCAUCCUUGCCAAAAAAGAGGAUCUAUCUAUCUAUCUAUCUAUCUAUCUGGAAAAUCCAAAUCCCCUAAAGUAUAUUUUCAGAUUAUCAGGUCUCUGAUCAGUUGGAAAUUAUCAUCUGAAGGAGAGGGGAAAUUGGCAAGCCCCAUGAUAACUAAAACCUCUGCUAUCAAAACACUUCAGCUGCCCGCUACCAAACUUUAUCCCUGUCUUCCUCUCUAGGUUGCCUCUAGAGGGGGAUGGUGAUGUUCCCCAUGCACUGAGCUAUCACAAAUUAGCAAAGCUAUACUGGAAUGCUUUCCACUCUGUAUCCAGGUCCAAGUUAGGGAGGGAGGCUGGGGCUCUGUUGUCAUUCUUGGUGGAGGGCAAUGAAGCAUGUACCAAGGAGAGGGUGAUGAGUGGAGAAGUGGAUCCCUGGUUGUUCAUGCUGUUUUGAGUACAUUGCUUUCAAAGCCAUUGCCUUGCUUAUUUGUUUGAAAAGUUAUACUUCUCUACAGUAUCAUUGUUGGGCUGCAGAGGGUUUUUUUGGUGGUGGUGGUUUAUUUUUAAAUAAGCCCAAAUCAUAUUGGGACAAAUAGAUACAUUGCCUGUUAAGAAAUGAACAAUUCAGCUAGCUAACAGGUUUUUUUUGUCUGCUGUUAAAAGCUAACCACAGUUGGCAUGAAAGUGAAAUUAACAUAGGUGCGCUAACAUUAUUUUUUUAAACAUUUUGUAUUAUGGUAAAGCCUUUGGAUAUAUUUCAGUGUAAUAAGCUAUUUUUUUCUUUUAGAUUUCAGAGAACUUCUAUUUUGAUUUAAACUCUGAACAAAUGAAAGGGAUGCUGCGUCCUCAUGUUCCACCUGCUGCCAUAACCACUCUGGCCCGGUCAGCCAUUUUUUCUAUUACAUAUCCCUCUCAGGAUGUCUUUCUGGUAAUAAAGGUAAGAAAUAUUUUUUCCCCCUUUAUGAAUCUUUCCCUCAGAAAAGUGUAUUAUCUCCUGGCACGGGUAAGCUAAAGUUUCUGUGCCCAUAUAACAAUAUAUUAAGAAAAAAUAUCACCUGGUUGCAUUUUGCUGGUACUGUACUGUGUUUGUUUAUUUUAGCCUUCCUCAAUAGGGAAAACUGAAAGGAAAACUACAAAUCUUGUGAAAAUCAGAUUACAGAAUGACCCUGCUUAGUGUUGUCAUUUCCUUUUGCUGACUGAAUUUAGUCAUUCUCAAAUUGAAGAGUUCAAUCUCCAGAAGUUUGGUUUUUGAUAUUAAGAUAUAAACUCUGUCCGAAGACAAUUCUUGCUUUGACUUUUUUGCCUUAGACUUGUAACAUUACUGAACUCUGAAAGCAGAUAGGGCAAUAUAGAGCAAUGCCUUAUCCUGGGGGAGGCACUUAAGAUAGUCACUAUGCAAUAGAAUUUUUGAAGAAGAAGAAAAAAGCUUCCUAAUGCCAUGGGAAAUAUGUUAAGAUUGAGAUUCACGUUGCGUUUUCCCAAAUUGCCGAAGCAAGAGGGAAGCCUCAUUGACAGCAGCUUUAAGAGGAGAUUCUGUUCUCAAAUUUUGCACACGUCUCAUUGCAUACCUUCUGAAGCCAGAAUCUGCAUAUAUUCACAGUAGUUGAUUUUUACAAGAAAAGAGAAAAAGAUUAACACCAUGCAAUCUACCUCAAAGAGCUUGCACUUGCACAUUAAUGCUUGUAAACUUAAUGAGAUGAGCCUAGCUAGCAGUCAUUUGUUGAAAAUAGUGCUAAGUUUUUGGUCUGUGAGAAGGAAAAGGACAUGAGCAAGAUAAAUAAGCCAGAAAAAUAGCUUGUCAUAUGUCACAGGCCAGGUGCCGUCAUAUAUUGUGCUCCUUUUUAGAUCAUUCCCCUGCCAGUUAGUUUGUAAAAUGGCUGUUUGCAAUGUAAUCUGGGCCCAAGUGAGAUUUGGGCAGUGUGAGAAGAAUUAUUUUAUAGAAAACUUCCUGCUUCCAAAACCUAACCACACUAGCUAUGACAUCCUAUGCAACCUUCCUCAACCCAUUUCCCUGGUUCCUAGGGAUAAUGGGAAUUGCAGUCCAGAACACCUGAAGGAUACCAGGUUGAGGUUAGCUGAUCUGCAUACAGUGGUACCUCAGGUUAAGAACUUAAUUCCUUCUGGAGGUCCGUUCUUAACCUGAAACCAUUCUUAACCUGAGGCGCGCUUUCACUAAUGGGGCUUCCCACUGCUGCCGGCCCGCGAUUUCUGUUCUCAUCCUGGGGCAGAGUUCUCAACCUGAGGUACUACUACUGGGUUAGCGGAGUUUGUAACCCAAAGUGUAACCCAAAGUGUUUGUAACCCGAGGUACCACUGUACUUAGUUGCCCAGCAAAUGUUUGGAACUGUCAGCCUUGGCAGUGCCAUUUGUGCUUUUGAAAGAGUGGGAGGAGGGACUUUGGUUCCAAGCCAACCUUAACCCCACCCCCCACCCCAAUUGAGAAGAUGUAGAACCUGGGCUGAAUUUAGCACCUUCCACCUCCUCACAGAUUAUUAGUAUUGUCCAAACCGAUGGUGCUGACCAUCUGUUUUGAUGCUUUUUGGAGUCAUAGAAACAUGCCUGUGUGCUAGGUGAAGACAUCCAGUAUUAUAAAUUGCUCAUGCAGCAACCUUUUGCAUAAGUAUUUCCAGAUCCAGCAAGAGGAGCACAUGCAAAAACCUGUUUCCGUGGCCAUAUCAUUGUAUCAGAUUAGGGUGAAUGAAUAUAUGAAUAUGGUUAGUUGCUGGGAACAAGUGUGUUUCCUAAAUGUUGUCCUCCCCCCCCCCCCCGCCUCCUCCUCCAGCUUGUUUGCUUGCUUCAUCCACAUAGGAUAUCUAUGAGGGAGUGAACUUUUCUUGUUUAUAGCAGAGCCUGGGUUUCCCCACCAGCAAUGCGAUAAGAAAACCUCUCUAAAUGAAUGCCAUGUUAUUAACCUCUCUCGGUGACAUUUGAAUUGAGCUGUGCAAAAGGAUCUUUAGAAAUAUAAAUGCCAAAAGAUAAGAAACAAUCUGGGUAAAACUGUCCAUCAUAAACUCUGCCUUGCUUCAAGGCUUGAUUCUUUCUCUAAGAGAGAGACAGCUAAAUAAAACAUUUAUGGAGAAUGUUCACAGCUCUCCUACACAUUUUCCCCAAAAUUCUCCUUGAAGAAAGUAAUAAUACUUUCAGAAAGUCUUGCUUAGCUGUGUCUCCUUUUUAAAUUUCCACAUAUAUUUAACAGUAAAUUAGUUAGGUAACGAUAUGUAGCCACAAUGGUAGCAUCCACACAGAAGAUGUAGGCUUUGGGGAAAUAUCAAUGUUUGCAGAAGUACAAAAAUGGGGGGGGGGGGUUGGACCAAUGAGAAUUGAGCAUGCUCAGUGGCUGCGGAGUGCUGGCCAACGGCUCGGUGGGGAGAAUGGAAUGGAGUGGCAGGAAAACCAAACAGGAAGACUCCACACUGCAUUUUUCUUCUUCCCCUGUCUGGUCUCACUUGUAACUAGAUGUUCCAGAGCAUGGCACAUCCAACAAAAAUGCCUUGGUUUGGCUCUCAACCAAUCAAAGCCCCAAAGCCAAAACUUUAGGCAGGGGUUCCUCUGUGACUUCUUCAGGGGCAUUGACUAUGCAGUUGAAAUUGCUUGCACAUACAUAGCUGAAGCCUCUCUUUACCUUUUAUAGUUGCAGUUUAUAUUGCUGGUUCAAAAGAGGAAGGGCAGUCUACCUGAUUGGGUGGGUGGGUGUCUGGGUGGGAAAGAGGAAGGGCAGUCUACCUGAUUGGGUGGGUGGGUGUCUGGGUGGGUAGCUUAAACUGUGCUGGCUAGUCAGUUCAUUGUGUAUAUGUGUGGUGUACGUAUCUCAAACAUCAUGCUUGCCUCUUCCUUUCCUUCUUCAAUCCCAUCCCACUUCCCAUCCCCACAGCUGGAAAAGGUACUACAACAGGGAGAUAUUGGGGAGUGUGCAGAGCCAUAUAUGAUUUUAAAAGAAGCAGAUGCUGCAAAGGUAAGCAGUUUUCAAUGGGUUUCGCCCUAAAUGCAGGUGGUGUCUUUUUUUAAAUAGUUCUGUAGCCCUUAAAACAUUUGCAAGUUUCUCAUAUUUUAAAAAAAUCAUACAUUAUUGAAACAGUACUUCCUUCUGUUGAAAACACAGCAUUUAUUUAUAGCAGAGGCAGUAUGAAAAAAUUCAGAAAUGUUUCAAUUUUUUAAGUUUUGUGGUUUUACCUCUGCAGAACAAGGAAAAGCUAGAAAAACUGAAAAGUCAAUCAGAACAAUUUUGCCAAAGGCUUGGCAGAUAUCGCAUGCCUUUUGCAUGGACGGCCAUUCAUUUAAUGAACAUAGUCAGCAGUGCUGGAAGUUUGGAGAGGGACUCUACAGAAGUGGAAAUUGCUGCAGGAGGUAGGUAUCUAGAUAAUUACAAAGUGAUUCUUAAUCUUAACACAAACUGAAUCAUGUCAUUUACGCUUUUGAAACGGCGUGCUUAAAUGGCUAUUUCUAUUUUGAAGAAAAACCAGCUGCAAGGCCUUGAUCCAGAACAUCUUUCUGUUUUGAACUGGGGCUUUCUAGCAGCUUUUCCUUUGAAAUAAAAGUGACCCAUUCCAGGGGGUGUUACAGUUCUAUAGAAGUUGGUAGUAUGUGCGUCAUUCCUAACUUUUUAGUCUUCUCUAAUUGAAUGUCAGGGGCUAACGUUCUCUGCUGCUUUCAGCGCCUCUCCUUCCUUGUCCCAUUCUUCUGCUGUGCUGCUCUAUGUAUCUUCUACAACCUUCUCUUAUUUAUCCAUCAUGCUUUCUUGCUAUCUCUUUUAAAGUUUUGUUUAAAGCUUCUUCAGUAAAAGCUUUUCCUGGGUUGCCAUUAGCCUCCCCUAUUUUGCCCCAUCUUUGUGGCACCUUGAAUUUCACUCAGUCCUUGGAGAAAAGACGCCACAUUUUCAAUGGAUCACUACUCUGAUCCAACAAAAUAGUUAUUUUGUUGUUGCUGUUUUUUUAACGCCUCAGGGUUUGCUUUUGGGCCUGGUGCACAAUAUGUGUUUAUCAGCUUGCUUUGCCUAUUUUUUCCCUUGCCCAAGCCUCGGUAAUGGGGUGAAAGGAAAAAGGACAAGCCUGUAAUAACAAAUAGGUUUAUCUUUCAAGGAUUUUCCUCGUAAACCAUCUGUUAUGCUCUCUAGAACUAAGUCUAAGAGAGUGUUUCAGGCUGAUGAGCAUUUUCCAAAGGAGUGGAUUAAUCGUUAUGAGCCGCUCAGCUCAUCUGAAACCACUGUUCAGCAUCUUCCUCAUCCCCUCCACCCUCCCAAAACUGUCAGCUUCAUCAUUUUUUGCAGUAGGAGAAAAACAUAAUUCUCCACAUGAUAAAGACUUUCAUAAUAGGCACAAGGCACUGGGGUAUGGUUGAUGUGAGAGGAGCAGAGGUAUUCAGCUGUGCUUCAUUGUUUCCUAAUGCCUCAGGAGUGCGAUUGUCUUAGCAUUAACCACCCAUUCCCUCUUUCCUUUCUCAUGAUUUCAAGCAACUGCCGUUCUCUUCACAUGCUGGCUCCUAAAACAAAUGUAGUUAUUUGACUUUAUUUUGGCUCUGGUUUUUUCCUGCUUUCUUUCUUAAAGAACGCAAAGGGUCGUGGUCAGAGAGGAGGAAUUCUAGCAUUGUCGGCAGGCGUUCCUUGGAAAGGACAACGAGUGGGGAUGAGGCCUGCAACCUGACUAACUUUAGACCAGCUACCCUCACGGUGACAAACUUCUUUAAACAGGUAUUACAUGAUUCAUUCUCUUGGUAA